CCCUUCGCCCAGUUACUAGCUUGUGUCCCUCUCGUCUCUUCCUCUCUCUGUCAGCUCAGUUAGUUUAGCACUGGGCUAGUACGGAGAGACGAGGGCUGCUCCCUUUCGCCUCGGCUCAGUCUGCUCUCAGCACAACCAAACACCAUACAUUCCUCACCAUGGCUGCCACGGACGUUGACGUCUUUUCGGUAAGUAAAAAAAAAACGCAUUCUCCCUCCUGCUCGGUGGAAACACUCGGUUGGGAUUACUUUAAGUGUGUUUGUGUGUUAGCUGCCGUGUGUUUGUAUGAAGCUAAAAGCCUCCCCCGCGUUUGAAGCCUUGGUAAUGUGAGGCUUUUACCGAGAUGGUGGAAGUGAUUUCUGCCAUGGUGACUGUUUAUAAUCCCAGUUUAACACAAAUUAAAGACAACUAUUCGCUUAUUUUAUUCACUAUUUGAACGUCGUGACUCUAAAAAUCGCGUCUCUCACUGACGGUUGGGGUGUAACGUUUGGCAUUAUUCAAACGUUUGCUGCUGCUGCCGUUAAAAAGAAGUGGUUUAAACAAAAACAGAUAACAUGUUUAAAAAAUGAAAACGGUUGGUGUUUUAAUUCAUCGCAUGUUGCAUUUUAAAGUGUAGAAAAAUUGUGAAAAUGUGGCAGAUUUUAAUACUUAAAAGUAGGGUUUCCUUGUGAGUCACUAUUGUGCUCAUUGACACACGUUAAGACCCUACCUCUGGUGCUAAAGGUCUCUGUUGUAUUAAACUACUACACCCCACUGUGGGUAUAUAAUUAUUUUAAUAUGAAUCUCAUAUUCAUUGGUGCAAAAUGAGUCUUUUUGUUCACUUUCUGUCUCUAUGAGUGACAUUUAUAUCUCAGUUUACCAUCCAGAUGCUGCUGACAAGCUGCAUUGCUGCUGGCCUGUGUGUCUCCUUUGCAACAUCACAUCAGUAGUAGGAUGGGCGUAAUAAUAUCACAUGAUAACUGGAAUGUAUCCUGCUUUAUUUUCAUAGUGACAAGCCCUGCCAUUCAGGUAUGCUGAUGCAACACCGGGUUCUAAGGAAAUGGCAAUGAUAUGCAGAGGAAUAGUGAGCUUCUUAUGUCACGAAUUCCAAUAUUGCGGCGAGGAGGCGAAUGCACAAGAGAGGAUUUCAAAAGGGUGAUUAACUUUUUUUGGCAGAUGCUUGAAGAGAUUCUCACUCUGAUGAAUUGGACAGUAAGCAGCAAAGAGUUGCAGGGAUAAAGAGAUUAAGAACACACUCCGGGCCACUCCUAGCACUUACUGGUGCAACACAUGUCUGCUAAGAAAGGAAAGGGGGGUUAGUCAGUGUAUUGCACACCGGGCGUUUCUUAAAUUAGGAAUGAGUCCAAGACUCGGGUGCAGGUUGCAGAGGGGCUAAGUGUCUCUCUCUCUCUCCGAAUACAAAAAGUGGAGCAUCGAUUAAUGAGAAAAAUGCUGAGAUUGCAGUGUAACAGGCUGGUGGAAUGAGCAGCAGCACAGUUGCCUGACUGGCUGACUUCCUGUCUAACUUUGGGAACAAAGUGAGACCAUAUUGAACAAACUGACACGCUCGCCUGGCAGUUUGCGUAGAGGGCAUGCUUGUUAAUUAUGCGCAGCUAUCGAUAGGGAUGUGAAGUAGGCCCGUGUCAAUCUAGUUUUGCUUAGGGUUAGCUUUCUAGGCCAGAGAGACACACUGGGCGAUCAAUCGAGCUGACUGCCCCAGCUAUUGUUUUCAGCCAUUGAUUGUAUUAGACUGUGUAGCUUAUAAAUGAAAACAAUGUUGUUUAUGUAGAUGGUUAUGUAAUGAAAUGCCUUGUGACAUAUUAGGCAUGUACAGUGCUUACUGACCCUACACAGCAUUGUUCCUCCCGGGAGGUCUGCAUGCAUAACAUUAGAGUUGCUUCAUAACUGCUUCAAGGCAAAAGGCAAAGCAAGUAGCCUGCACUUAAUUAUUGCCUUUUUCUUGUGAAGUAUUAUGUUAAUAUAUUUUCUGAAUGCUUUGGUUACAGAUUUUCUUUUUAAUUUAAUUUUAAACACAUUCAAAACAUUCAAACAAAUUCAGUCAGUCUUCAGUAGUGAUGGGCACGGCAGUUCUUGUACUGAAUCACUAGAAUCAGUUCAGUAAAAAGAUUUGUUCAAUAGAUUCAUUCAUUGAAUCACCGAAUCAUUCAGUGCUUGGUGGGAGAAGCCUGUGAUUCUGACCUCCUGAACCGAUACACAGCUGAACGGUUCAGGAUUCAGUUCAGAUCAUAGCUACGAGGACAAGAGUGUUUGGCUGUGUUGAACGUUUAGAAGAGUUUACACUGAACAUGCACUGUUCCCUCGCAAACCGCUGCAAUGAUAGGAUGCUGCAGGUUUUAUGCACUACUUGUUACAUGCUGUGUCCUAUUGUAUGCAAGUUGUUGUGGUGACAAUUUAGCAGUGAAAAAUAAAAAAAAGUUAGUUUUGUCUAGGGAUGGGAAUUGAUACGAUUUUAUCGACAUCGUUACCAUUAAAGAUUCUGCUUAUCAAUUCAAUUCUUUAAUGAUUCUCUUAUCAAUGCCUUUCUUUGAUUUAAAAAAAAAGUAGACUACAGGUUUUCAAUGGUAACUCAAAAUUUUAUUGAGUCUUUGAUAACAGAAAAAGAUGUAAGCCACCUUCGGGGAGAGUCUAAAAAUAAUCAGUCAUGUAGACUUCCUGUCGCCAGCAUGAAUAAUCCUCGUCUUUGCUUUCGGUUAAAGAAAGGAAGAAAAAAAAUGCUUGUUUCAUGGUUUUUAUUAAACAUUAAUAUCAUAGGAUCAUGUAAAGACCAUCUCCCUUCAAGCCGCUGCAGUCUGCAUUGCCUUUUCCAUGUAGUUCAGCUGUAUGUUGCUCAGGUCAGAUCUCAGGUCAAGCGUACAGACUGUUGUGCAUCAUCAGGGAUAUAUGCUGUGCAGAGAACAUACAGGCCCGAGCUGCCCAGAGGCAUGAAGCAUGUCAGAUCCAGUGUUGUAGAUAAAUAAUGACAGCUGAGCCGCAGCCUCUGUACUGCUGAUGAGUCAAUAUCCGUCUAUAGAAUGUGUCAGAGUUUCUCAAGGAUUUGUUUCAAAGCCUCGAUCGUGAUUCUGUGAGAUUAAAAUAGCUUUCCGAGCUCUGUUGGCGAAAGCUGAAUGAAGAUUUAGAGGUGGCCGUGUUUGUUUUGAUGUUGGAAUAACUUUCAGGAUCCUUUCUGACUGAAAUAUGAGGAAGGAAAUCAAUCUUAAAUGUAUAAAGUAGACUUGACAAAAUGGCCUGUAGGUUAGAGAGUGAUCCAUAACCUCAAUACAUUUGCAGCACACAGAACAUCCAUCAGCAGUCAUGUGUCUUCACAGCUGUAAGUGCCCAAUGCCUCAUGUUCUACUGGCUACACAUGUGAUGCACAGGUGAUGGAGCUGCUUUUGUCAGAAGAAACAGGAGAAAAUGUGGGAUUUUCUUUCCAUGCAUCCUCCAAAAUAAAGCAGACAACUUUAAAGUCCCACUCUGAUUGUUUUUUUUUCUACCUGAAGUGUUAUUAGUGGUCUUUAAAUUGUGAUUAUGACAUUUUUAGCCAAAAUCACGUUACCUGUGUCAUUUUCUAGAGCUUUUCUCCUGCUGAGUUCCAGUAGCGCAUCAGCAAUUCGCAAUGCUUUUCUGCACACUCCUCUUCACACUAACUUGCAGCCUAACUGUCUUCGCAUACCAAGUUUGAAUUACAUGUUAAGUCAAUGCAAAGACGGGAUAAGACACUCCUACUACUCUGGCGGUGUGAAUGACGCGAAUUGGGCGUGAGCUGAGAAUGUCUCAACCUGAGUGGAUAUUCGCGUUGCGAUAACUACUCAGCACGAAGGUUGCUGGGUGAUGUAUGAAAACAGAUGGUUGUUCACUGGUAUCUAAAAUGGAGGACAAACUGAUCGUGUGGGUGCCCUGAAUUAUAUGAUACCUUUUCUUUCAAUUACCUAAAUCGGAAUAAAAAGGAGUUCACCCGGAGGCAAGUGAGUGAGGAGGUCGGAUUACCCGGUAAAUUGUUAAAAAAACUUGGUCUAUCACUUGAUCCCAAUGGUUGAAUUGGCAGCGAUUACCGUUAAUGCGCCAACGAAGUGAGCCAAUACAGUUCAUUCACGCAUCUAGAUUUGUGUAAAUUAAGCGAGAAGAUGAUUUUACUCGCGCUCGGUGUGAAUGCUCCAUAACAUUGUCAGUGUUAUAGCAGAAGCAGCUAACAUAGGAGCUAUUCAGCCCUUGGACACUAAUGUCUUUGGGGACAUGAUGUUCCGCGAUCGUCCUCUCUACUUCUCCAAGUCUGGCCUGCAUAGCGGAACUCUGGGGGUGGAGCUUGGAUUUGUGAUGUAGGAAAUCUCAUUGUGUCUGAACCUGCUGUUUGGGUCUGCUAGAGAUUCACAGAGAUUUGAAUACAGAAAUAUUCAGAAAUGCAAUUUUUGCUCUUACUUUUCUCUUGAUAAGUCCUGUAGUGUCAGAAAAAUGCCAUAUGACAAGAAAAACAUGGUUUUCAUUGGAGUAGAGAAAGAGAAUAAAAGACAGUUUGCACAUUCACGAGGUUGGUGUGUCUGUUAAUGCAGAAGCGGAAGAGAAAAAUCCUCUGUUAUUCCCAGUGUGAUGUCCCCUUGAUGUCGUCUCUACUGUAAGCUUUAAAUAACAUAAAUAACUUGUCUUUACGCUGGGACAAGAAUGCUUUUUAUCGCCCUCAUUAGCACGUGUGAAAACUUUUGCAUGCAUGCGUGUGAGAGAGAAAAACUCCCACCGUCUGACCUGAAACAUACUGACAGAUCCCAAGAAAAUAUUUUUUCAGGACAGAUUUUUGUCUUUCUCAGGGAAAACUGUAUUUUUCAAAGAGCCCUGUAGUGAUGAGUGAGCGGUACAUCUGCCUCGUAAAAAUGGUUCCUGUCUGUCCUACGCUGUUUUUUUUUGUCUUUCCUGUUGGGCAUAGAUGAGUGAUGAAGCUCAGCAGUGAUGUGUCUCUCCAAUUUUUGUGUAUGACUGCGAGACUUAAAAAGAGGAGUCAUCCAGAUCUCAAUAGUCAACAUUUUUACCUUCUGAACACCAACGCUUUCACAAGUGGCAGCCAAAGAACAGCUGAAGCAGUACACAAGAGCACAAAUCUGUGGGUGUUUUAAGGGGUUACAAUAUUGGAAAAAAUCCUGACAAAAUCAGUGCAUUUGAUCCCAUUAAAUAUGUAAAAUCCCUCAAUCUGGCUAACAUUGGACACAAAGCACCAGCCGCCCUCUUUAUCCGAGGACUCAAUGUGUGGUGUGCAUUCGACUUGGAGGUUAUCAUCAUGUGGUCUCCUCCUCUCACAGAUGAAAUAUCAAAUUAGUCCCGUAGUGUCUCCUGAAGCACCAGAGCAGAUGUCCAUUAUCAUCACCAAGCUUAUGUUGCCUGCAGUGAGCACACACACGUGACCAUACACACACGUACACACACAACUACCAACAGGAGGCUUUGUUGCUAAUGAUGACUCAUCCCUCUAAAAUCAGCUGAUUAUUUGUCAUACAAGUAUGUUUUUAUUUUGUCAUACACCAGUUGUUGUAGUUUCACAUGUUGGUUUUGUGUAGGUUUUUGUGCUGUGGCCCAGAACUCAAAGGUCUGACACUGUGUAAAAGUCCUGUACGGGUUUCAGAGAAGAAGCAGCAGCCUGCUUGUGAACGAGCUUUAAGCUGAGAUGAUAAAGCACUUUUAAAAAAGCUGAAAUCUGAGGAUUGUUUGUAAAUUUAUCCAAAUGCAACACUGGAGCUUGCAGUUCGAACUAAUGGCCAUGAUAACUUUUUGGGGUGGGAGAAAAAAUCGAUACAGCAUAGUAUCCCGAUAUUUCGUCUGGUGAUAUAUGGUAUCUUCUCAUUUACCAAAUAUCGAUUUUUUUCAAAUUAAGUGCUAAUGUGAAGUCAAAUCUAUGAUAAUGGAAAAAUAAAAUCAACUGUUUGUCCAGUGAAGUUUGCAGAAAUGACAUCAUAGGGAAAGAGAAAGUUAGUACAACAAAUAUAAGGUUUGCAAGAAGUGCUACAUGAAAAUAAAAUACAGUGUAAACAGGACAAAUAUAAAGGAAAGACAAAUGCUAAAUUAGCGAAACAGUUAAAAAAAAGUAUAAAUCAUGAUAUAUGGUAUUGCAAUACUUCAUCAUUUCAAGUAUCGUGAUAAUAUCGUAUUGUGGCCAAAUUAUCGUGAUAAUAUCAUAUUGUGGCCAAAGUAUCAUGAUAAUAUUGUAUCGUAGCCCAAGUAUUGUGAUGAUAUUGUAUGGUGGGGCCACUGGUGAUUCCCACCCCUUAUAACUUUGAGUUAAAAAUUGGAUAUUGUGCCAGCCCUAAUAUGCAUAUGAUUAUAUUGAAGUUUGAAUGCAGUAAAAUAAAAUCAUUGAAUUAAACCAAUGUAUUUCGAGCCGGUUAUUCUAUUGUGGUGGUGCUGUGACAGAAACAGCUCUGUCUCCUUUUAGUCCUCAACUUUGCCUGAGGACAGCCAGGAUGGUGCUGGCGAUGUGUCAAAACCUGCUGUGGUGUGAGCAUGUUGCAAUUUCUGUCAGGGUGAAGGAUUGAAACACAGAGGAUUAUACCGUGGAAAUAAAGGAUAGCAAGAAAACCUGAUAAUUGAGAAGAUGGAUGUUUAUGUAACAACUGGAGUGAGUUAUUUUUACUCAAAGUCGUUGAUAGAUUUAUUCCUUUCUGUAUCUUAUGUAAAAAAACAACAUAGCAUUUCAGGGGAAACCUCCUCGACACAAAGUUCACUUCCACUUUGAGUAAACAUUCGAAGCCUUUUCUAGGGCUCUCCUUCUGUUUCUUACUCGGCACACAGGAGGCCACAGCUGCAGAGAUGUGUGUCUCAGUCCGUCAGGUGGAGACUCACUGAGCCAGACAAGAACUGCAAACACAAGUCAGACACAAGUCAGGUGGGAGGGGAGGCUAGGAGAUGAGAAGGAGUAGAAAGACAGGCAGCAGCAGCAGCUGGAGGAGGAGUUGGAUGGAGUCUGAGGAAGACUGAGAGGGAAAUUCCAGGUCAUAUCAGGACUAUUCGACUUGUGUUUCAUUGGAGCAAUAAGGCUUGAAACAGAUCUUGAUUUUGUCCUCAGUUUUUGUCAGGUUGGAUUUGAGCCAUAGAUUUAUUUCACUUCUGGAAAGUUUUCCACAGGCCUAAUGUUUUUUUUUUUGAUUUAUGAGUCUCCCUGCCUGAUUUCUGAUUUUUUAAAUAACUCUGUCGCUGCGCUAGGUCACGAUAUCAACUAAGGUUCGAAGGAGAGGUUUUUAGGGACAUAUGAUGCAAAGGACUGCGUGAGGUGAAAGUGGCAUGUUUGAUUUGGCUAAGCUCCCAGCAUGGUGGGCAGUUGAAGCAGUAACAGUGGCCGAGACGUAGGAAAUGAAGCAACUUUUUCCUCAGAGGCAUAACAGAAUAAAGUCUCAAAUCAAAUAUACAUUUAGUGGAGCUUCAGCUUUGUAAUCGCAUCACAAGUAGCCUGAAUGCACAGCACCAGAUCCUGAAAGUAAACGAUCUUGUGGAUAUCAAGUCUGUAAAUCAGUAUGAGCUCUUCUCUCUCUGACAUGUGACAAUGCUCUCUGUAAAACAGGCCCAUUUGCUGACAUAAAACACUGUUCCCAUUGGCCGACAACAAACCAGCUUACAUGGGUUGUGCCUCAUUUCACUUUGAGCCACCUGGGGCCCCUGUGUGCAGCCAUUUCCUGUCAGCGUGGUGAUAUGGUGGCCUGGGAACCGUGUUGUUUCCUCACCCGGGGACACUUAACCAGAAGCUUGUCAUUCCUGUCAUACUUUUCGCUGCUGCUCUUCUCUUUUCUGCUCGGAUGGCCAAACAGGCAGAUUCUUCAGAGUGUCCCUAAUUGCUCGUGUCUGUUGGUUGAACAUUCGUAGCUGAUGGGGGUUUUCAUGAAAUGUUGUAAGAAACUGUUAAAAUCAGCUUUAUCUUAAGAUGGUUGAUGGAAGUUUUCAUGUUGAGCAGGAUCUCCUGGGCUUCAUAAGAUGGGAAAGUCUUAGUUUAGUUCAAAAUUGUGGCGUAUAUCAGCCUAAAAUAUUAUGUUUAAUUGGUUUCCUGUCAUACCAGUCAGUAGCUUUCACACUCACUUUAAUUUUAAACAUAAAUAAUGUACAUAGACUUACACUCCAGCUAGUUCUGGCCAGUAUAUCAAUUUCCUUCUGCUUUUUACUUCUGCUCUCUGAUGAUUUCAAGGCAAAGAUUACAGUUUUACUGAGCUGCAGUUUUUGGUAUCUGAAGUCUGUAGUUGUACUUUGAUAGAGGGCUCCUGAUAAAAAAAUUGUGUUGUCGACGAUGUCGUCAGGGGUAGCACUCAUUUUCUUUGUUUCUCACUGACAGUGCUGUCGGCUUCACCUGUUAAAGUGCUAUUGCUGCGUGUAGCUGCAGCCUGCUACUACGCAGUUGUUUGCUACUUGGUUCUAAUUCAGCACAUGAUUGGUUCAGCGCAGCGCAACCCGGCGCAACUCCCCUUUUCAUUGGCUGUUAGUAUAUUCUACCAAAACAUGGCAGAAUGUCUAGCGAAAAGCAUAUUGACCAUGUUUCAUAUUGAUAUCGAGGGAAAUGAAUUUUUGAUGUAUAUCGUUAUUGUUUUAUCGCCCAGCCCUACUUGGCCCUACAAAAAGAUGAAAUGUGAAAGCUUGGAGAGACUGAAAGAUUCGUCAACAAGAGUUUAAAUCCAUUAUUUCCUUUUUACAGUCAUUACAAAUGAAAUCUAGUCUGUAGUCGAGUGAGUAUUAUCACUGUUUUCACGUCCUUUGCCAGUUACUCUUUGAACAAUGGUGAACUUUUCGCACAUUUGAAGCCACUUUUUUCACACCGUAGCUAAAAGACUUUUGUUAACCACAUGAUUCGGCGCACUCUCCCCACCACACAUCCGUUAAGUCACAGCCUGGCCAGUGUUUGUCCACGUCUGCAGUUCUAUUGUGUAUGAUCCUUAAAGAUAACACUGUCGGUCAGGUCUGCAUGGGCUUUUGGACGCCCUCAGUCACAGACCCAUCACUCACUCAGAGAUUAUGAGCUACUGUCAGUUUAGUCUGGUUCGGCAUAAGAGGUCAACCUAGAAUUAUCUCAUGAGUCGGGAUCUUUGUCAUCUCUGCGAGUCUGAGGUUUUUUGAGUUUGGAGCAAUUUCCACAACAAGAAAAUGUUGAAAAAAACCUUCUUAUGACCGACAGAAGCAUGCUGCUGAAGUUUGACACUGUUUUUGUUGAAGUUUAGAUAUAAAAGAGGCGCAGUAAGUUUCCAGACUUGUGGCUCAAGGAAACUUGAUACAGCAGCGGGGGCCAUUGAUGGAAAACGAGUGCGUAGACCUUUAUUUAUCUUCCUCCGGAUAAAUAAAGGCUAAUGUGACUUUCCCUACUUCUUCUAUUUUAAACACAAUGUCUGGAAUCCAGUCAGUCAUUGUACUAGGUUUCCUUCCAGGCUCGAUACCAGCGCUCACACCCUCCCCCAUCUGGCUAUCUGAAUAUCUCCACAAGCUCGAUUCAGACUUGAUACCACAGGGAAGCUUUAAUGUUGUCUGACAAGCUCUGAGUGUGAUGUGAUUACACUUCCUCUUCCUCACUGGAAACCUGCUACUAAGCAGCACAAACAUUGUAGUCAUUUGGCAGAUGCUUUUGUUUGAGACAGUCACUUACGGUACAAUAGAGCCUCCAAAGGGAGAAAAUGCAUCAUCAAGAAUGGGAAGUGAGGCCUUCCUGAUUUCUUCUAGAGAGUUUUAAUCCUCAUUUGAGCAUCUCGGAGAAGGAAACACCAGAGAAAUUUAAAGUGUUUGAUGUAAAGACAAAAUGAAAUACUCAUAUUCUUUAACAUGACUAAGAAAACUGCUGUCAAAAAUGGGAAUUUUACACAUAUCUGAAUAGGGCUGGGCGAUAUGGUCUCAAAUCAAUUCAUGAUAUAUUGAGCAGUUCAGAUCCUUUCACACCGGGAACAACGUAAAUAUCCCACGUGAAAUUAGGAAAUAUUCAGAGGCGAAUAUUGAUGCACCUGACGAUACAUAUCUAGCACAAUGCGAUUUUGUGACUUUCCAGGGGGGAGGAAAAGAUGCAUCCUGGGUGGAAGCGAGAAGACAAAAACAGAGUCUACUUCAACUUCAAGUGAUUGCUAAUUGGUACGACCAGAAUAACAGCAGUUUUCUAUCUGAAAAUCUGAAACCAGCAAAGUUUGAAAAAUGAGUAAAAAAUAACAACAAUAGAUCUGUCGUGGUUCCAGCUCAAAGAUUUCAUUGAAACAUUUCCUUCGCAUGUUUCACAUUUAGAGACAUUGGAGGAGAAUUUUAUUGGCCCUCGUAUCUCACACCAUCAUAGACACACAUUGCUCAUCCUUCAUUUAAAGUUCAUUCAGGUUUAUAGCUGCAUGCAAAGCCUCCUGCGUCCACCUCUCAGUUCAGUGUAGCAUUCAGCCGAGCUCUGCUCUGUUCUCGGGCCGCCUGCGCUCAGUGACAUCAGCCCUCAAGUAUGCAGUCCUUCGUGGCCGAGCCAGACGAGCUCGGGUGGCCUCAUUCAUCUCAAGGUGCUGUCUCUUCCCUUCCUCUCCAGCUCUAACACGCUCCCGCUUCUCACCGACAGCCUCUCCUCCAGACAAGAUGUGUUAGAUAAGGGGGGUCGAAGGUGAAAUAGCUUACAGCCCAGUAGUUUCGUCCGUCUGUUCUUUUGUUUGUUGGACUAUACUUGUAAUCUUUGUUCUUUUUUGGAUGCUCUCUCCUCGGUGCAAAUGGAUUUCAAGGUGGUUGUGCUCCAUCUCUGCAGUAUUUUACUGUAGCGUACUGUAAUUUGCUGUCGCUUGUCGCAGUUAAUUUGUUUGUCCUGGAAAACAUGAUUAAAGGGUUUAAAUCAAAAUGCGUUGGGUUCAUAUAAUGGUACCCAGUGUUGUAGUGAUUCAUCCACACGGACAUAACAGUGAGAAGUAGCUUUGAAAUAUUUAUGAUGUUGUUGUAUUACAUCCAUAGAUCUGCCAUCUUCUCCUGCCAGCUGUGGUUAAUCUAACUUCUCUGUAGUCGUUGAUUCAGUGGUUGCAUUUCAUCCUGAUUAUCCAAGUCAUAAUUGUUAGACAAUGGCUUUUACAUCUGCAGAGUGUGUGUGUGUGUGUGUGUGUGCGGAGGGUGUUUGACAUUGAUUUGCGUAGGAAUGUGAAGGCUUCAGCUCUUCCUACCUCUGACUAAUGCUUUCCCCAUGUGUGUUUUUCAGCCUUUUAAAUGCUUUGUUUUUGUUUUGUUUCUGUCCCCCCUCAGAAUGAAGAGAAGCGUAACCUCAGUUUGGGCGGACAUGUCGGGUUCGACAGCCUCCCUGACCAACUGGUCAGUAAAUCGGUCACACAGGGAUUUUGCUUUAAUAUUCUCUGUGUAGGUGAGUACCAAACCAACAGCAGGUGUGUGAAAUAUUGAAUCCAGUCUGUGGAAAUGCCAGGCUGUAACUGCUCAACAUUUCUCGACAGUCUUUUUUUUUUUUACUUGACUCUUGAUUUAUUUUCCCCUGAACAGCAUGUUAAACUACCACAAAUCAGUGACGUUCUGUUGUUUUCCUGAUGUGAAAUGAAGGCACAGGCCUCUGACUUAUGUUGCUGCAAUAAAAAAAAACUCCUGCCUGUCUGAAAGCUAAUUAAUUACUCCCCACUGAUCAAGUGAUUUAACUCUCUGCCUCCACUCUCUCUCUCUCUCUCUCUCUCUCUCUACUUCCACUGCCCUCAGGGGAGACUGGGAUUGGCAAGUCAACGUUAAUGAACACACUCUUCAACACCAUGUUUGAAAACGAGGAGGCCAGCCAUUAUCAGAACGGCGUUUACCUGCGGCCGCGAACAUACGACCUUCAGGAAAGCAACGUCCACCUCAAACUGACUAUUGUUGACACUGUUGGCUUCGGGGAUCAGAUAAACAAGGAGGAUAGGUAAGGAGGAGGAGGAGGAGGGACGCUGUGUUUAUCUCCACUGCUGCUGCAUCAUCGAAAAUAUUUCCAACUUGUUAUUACAAGCAUGCUUCAGUGUUAAAGAGAAGGAAAUUGAGAUCUGUCAGACUGCUCUAUCCCUGUAACAAAGAGGGAAAGACAGUUGAGGAGAUGGAGGACAGUUCAAAAGUUGUAGCGGCUGAAGUAGACGAAGUUAAUGUGGGAGGGGGUGAGCAGCAUGUGGAGUAGUUAUCGUCUGUUUAUCAUUAUAAAGGUGAGCUGCUCAAUAUAUCGUGAUAUUGAUUUGAGGCCAUAUCCCCCAGCCCUAUCAAUAAGUAUAUAGAUCGUGAUCAGGGAUAAUAACUUCAGUACGUCAAAGUUUGUCUGCCAAAAAAGCCACUGAUGAAACAUUUAGUAUUUGUUUAAAAUACGUUAAAACUCAAGUUACUACACUUUUACAUCAGAAGGAAACACCCAAGUGUCUCACAUUGAUUUGUUAUUGUGGUUUAUCGCCCCCCAGUAAUCAGCCACAAUAACAUUUUAAAAACUAGGAGACUUUUUAUCCACAUUUAAACAAGUUUUCUGUUAAUGGCUACUAAUGCAGUCAAUUACAUCAAACCAUUGUUAGCUUAAGUAUUCACACAGCAUUGAUAAUCCUCUAUUAUUAUCCUUUUAUAUCUAUUCCUGCUGAAUUCAUCCAGACUUUUAAAAAAUGUUUAAAAACAGAGUUGUUAGGUAGGAUAGAUACCAGGUUCCUACAUAGUUUAGUGCAUGUACUUUCUUCUCCUCUUAAGCUGUCCUAUUUAAUAAAGCAAAAAGCCCCCAAAAUAAUCUUAAAAAAAAGGAGUUCUUUUGAAGUUCAUAAAAGUGACUCCGUUUAUAAUACUAUGAGUGAAAUUCAGUUCAUCUGCCACAGAUGUGGUUUUGCGUGUUUUCCAUUUGAAUCCUGACUGCUGUAGCAACAUAUUUUUCUGUCAAUCCCUCAUCCAAACCCUCCUUUGUGUUUGCAUCUUGUCAACUGCAUAGUUGUACUGAAAUUAGGUCAACGUUGCCUAGGGAUACAAAUGAGAGAAACAGACACAAAGGAGUAUCAGUGAAGGUUUCUGCACAUUUUUUGUUUUCCCUGUGGUUGGAAAUAAGACAGAAGGUGGGAAAGCGGGGAUACUGAAGGUCUUUUUUUUUUUUUUUUAACUUUCAGCUGUGGAAUGAAGUGCUCUAGUUGCGACCAAGUUAGCGAGCUGCACUCUCACGCCCUUUGAUAGCAGCUUUUUUUCUACAGGCUGUAUAGAGCAACAUAGCGAAGGACAACCCCAGCAGCAGACUGUAAAUGCUCACUGGGAGCCUCCAAAGGUCAGAGUUUGUGCAUUCCACAGGGAAGAUUGAAGAUAGAUGUGAAUGGAGAGGACAGAUGACUGUAAACACUGAGCUCACCAAGGAUUCAAAAUAGAUUCUUUCUCCUUGUCUCUCUUUCUAUAUGAGAUUCAGAGAGACUCUGCUGCCAAUUUAAGUGAUUCUUUCUGUCUGAGUAAGCUCCAUAGAAAUCACAAGUGUCCCUGUGUUUCAGAGCGCACAAACACGAUCAAAAACGCUCAGUUUUUUUCAAGUUAAGCAUCCUUAUUUGGUAUAUUUGUCAGUCUGUAUGACCGGCCUUCAGAUUGGAUUCAGAUUCAGAAAGUCUCAAGCAAGCUACAUUUAUGACUUCUUUUUACAGUGACACAGGUUAUUUUAUUCAAGGCAAAGCUGAGACCCAAAAAAAAAACAAACCCAGAGAGCCAAGACUCAGGCUGUGCCAGCGCAGAGCAACUGGGUACAUGCUGGCAGUGCAGAUCAGUUUCCCCGGUUGCUGUUCCUCACGCUUGGGCAUUUACUGCCUCAUUGACUAUUUUAACCAUCAGCGCUGUACACAAUAGCUGACCGCUCUUCCCUUAAAGUUCAACAUGAUUGAAAGUUGACCCAUUCAUUGAUUUCACAACCAAGUUAUCUACAACAAAGCAGAGAAAUGUUUUCCUGAAUGCCAAGUGUAGUCAUGAGAAACGACCAUGAGACCUUACUCUGACUCGAACUUCAGGCAGCCAUGAUGCAGCUUGUUUAAUAUGUGGCUGAUCUCUAAUGGUACCAAACUCAUCUCUCCAGAUCAACUUAGAAAAUUGAAUUAGAGCUGCAGUAUAGGAUUGAGCUCUGUGGGAAUGUGGCAUAAAAUUUCUUUUAACUGCUUCAUGACCAAAUGAGUCUUGAUUGUUUGAAGAAGUCUUAGCUAUGUUGGGUUAAACCACUAUAACUUCAUAUUAGGGCUGGGCGGUAUAGCCUCAAAUCAAUAUCACGAUAUAUUUAGCAGUUCACCUCGAUAACGAUAAAUGGACGAUAACUACUCCACAAGCUGUUCACCCCUCCCACAUUAACUUCGUCUACUUCAGCCACUACAACUUUUAAACCGUCCUCCAUCUCCUCACCUGUCUUUCCCACUUUGUUACGGACUGGAUGGGGUGGAGUCACGUCUCUGAUGUAGGACAGCAUCUUAAAGGGACAUGAGACGAUAGCCUACCCACACACAUCCAAAACCAACUUUUUUUUUUCUUGACACUGGAUAUAUUGACAUGGGCCAAAUGAUGUCGUUAUUGUCUUCACUUUCAGUAUCGGUAAAUUUACAGUUUAUCACCCAGCCCUACUUAUAUACUUAUAAAUUAUACAAUCUCAUUUAUCAUAAUCUCAAUCUCAUUUGUGUUUCUUUUCCUUCCUUUCUUUCUGAUCAUUUCACAGUAAUUCAGAUUCAUCCUGCCAUCGUUAGGUUGACCCAAGCACUAAUUUGAAAAACUCGCAUCUGUAUACGAUGUAAAUGUAAAGUUUAUCACCCAGCCCUACUUCAUAUCUAAAAACAUAUUUUUGGUUCUGGCUGUUUAAGUGACAUCCUCGUUGAAAUAUGUAAGGUCCCUCUUUUGUGUAUCUUCAUGUUCAUGAGAAAAAUCCUCCAAACAUGCAUGUUGUUAUUCCUGUUUCAUUAACUCACUGAUGAUGCUGGUGAUCAUUGCGACAGAGGACAGGAUGUUUUGCAGUCUGUGAUUUGUUGUAUCCAGACUACCAUGAGCAGAGCACAAAAAUCGUGCAGCACUAAGCUGUACAGCUCUAAUCUGAGAUCUUGGCUCCGAAUCAGAUCACACAGUUACUGAAAACAUAACUGUCUCAGUUCAUUUCCCCUGUGAACAUCCAUAUUUCCUUUUAUAUUCAUCACCAGUGUAUGACAAAGAGGGAAAAUAUUUAUGCUUGAACCCACGGUCAUAAAUCCUUACAGCUCUUCUUUGGUUGUCUCCACAGUUAUAAGCCAAUCGUGGACUAUAUUGACACUCAGUUUGAAAACUAUCUCCAAGAAGAGCUCAAGAUUAAGCGCUCGCUGUUCAACUACCAUGACACCAGGAUCCACAUAUGCCUUUAUUUCAUCGCCCCGACAGGACAUUCCCUCAAGUCGUUGGACCUCGUCACGAUGAAGAAAUUGGACAGCAAGGUGACACACAACUGGCAUGCACACACACACACACACACACAUUCCCAUACAUGCUUUUGUUUUCUUUCCCCUUUGGCAGAAACACACAGUCCCAGUCCCUCUGCCUUUGUCUGUGAUUAACUAUCAGUGCUGCUGAAAUUGGACCUCCCUUUCACCGUGAAUGGUGUGUAUUUCAUUCUGACAUGGAGAUCCCCAAGCUUUUUUUUUUUUGUGAGGUGUCCCAAAAGAGUGAACCAAAAGAAAAAUGUUGCUCUUUUAUCUCACUGAAGCUCACAUGUCAUACAAUGGAGUCAAGUUAUCAGUUGAAUUCAAAACCAUGCAAAUGGUUUUUACUAUAGUCUAAGUGGGGCUGCACGAUUUUGGCCAAAAAUAAAAUCGCUAUUUUUUUCUCUGGAAACUCGAUUUUUAGAUUUUGUCAUGAGUGGAAGGUAGGUGUAUGUGUGCAAGGGUGUUGUAAAGAGCAAACAUAAACUACAACUAAACCAAGCCAAACUGAACCAAACUAAGUCAAGACAAGCCAAAUCAAGUCAAACCAAAUCAAACUAAACUAAACCAAUCAAACCAAGUAUCUGUAAAGGCAGUCAGGAGAAACAAAAGAGGCCAUUGCAAGUAGCUGUGGGAGCUUGAAUACUUCCAGCACCCAGGGCCCAGGUGUGCAUAGUUGCUCUGAUUAGGGUGCAGAGAGAGAGAAGCCAACCAGACACACCUCCCACAGCAGCAUGACCCUAUAAGGGCAUCACAAUUUUUAUUCCGAUUUUUUAAAUUUUUAUUUAGUGACAACUUCACCGAACUUUACUUUGAAAAUAAAAAGUUUUUCGAUCAUCUCUCAAAACGAAACCACUGAAAAUGAUGUAGUGCAUAUGCCACGCCAGUAAGUGGCACUGUAUCGCUGCCCAGGAUAUACACAAAAGACAGAAGAAGAGUACGUAGCAUGUGUGUAAAGUUUGUUUGGUAGUCGUUUACUGAUUUAUGCACUCUCUUAUCAAAAAGUUUUCAGAAGGUACAGUUUACAGUCGCCCAAAACGCCGUGUCUGUGUGGAUGAAAUGCAGAUACGAAAAAAAAAAAUUUGCAUUUACUCCUAAAUUCGUUUCUGCGUGGAGGGGUUGAUAUCGCCUUCAGACAGACUCUUCAGCGGGGAGUGGUUUGCUCUUGAUCCGAAAACUGCGACGCCGUACGAAUUCAACACGACUGAUUUACUCCUGCCCCUUUUAGCCACGAAAUUAUCUACUUUUAAAAACGCCACGUUGUUUUAUACUGGUGUGUGUUUGAACUGGGGAGUGCUCUCACAGAAAGGGGAAAUUUUUCUUCAACAUCGUCAUAAUCAAAUAAUCCUAGGUCUAAGAUGUCUCUGAACAUGUGCUCUUCAAGAAGCAGUGGUUAACAGAGCUGUAAACCCGCCGCAAAUAGCAGGAGCAUUCAUCUAAUUCAGAGUUUCCGUUUGACAUAUUUGCAGUGAACAUGAUUGCAGGUCAGCUGCACAGCAGUCAAUAGUCUCAUUUAGAGCCACAUCGAUUUGUGGCUUUUAUUAUUGCUCUUGUGUGAGAACUACUCCACAGCCUGUUGGUCAGUGGAUCCAUGUUUUGUCAUACAUCCGGCGAGUGCAGCACAGAGGAGACGCAGGCAUUGGCUUGGCCUCAUUUAGAGAAAUGGUGGAAAAAAAAAAGAUAUUACUACAGCACCUGGAGAGAGAGAAUUUGAGGAAGAGCAAGAAAAGAGAGGACUUAAGUUUUUCUUCUUUUCAAGAUUUCACUGUUAAAUCUCUAUUUGAAUAAAUUGCUGGAUAAUAACGUGGCAUUGUUAAAGUUUCCCUCAUGUACUUCCAUAAAAUAUUGACUUCUCAGUGUCGGCUGUUGCUCCCAUAGCUGCUGCCUAUAUCCAUUUCUUAUCAACCCAGACAUUCAUAUUUUGCAAAUAACUUUUUAUGCAGAUUUGUAAUCAGCACGGCUGAUAUUCAGCAUUUUUACAAUAAUCGGCACCAGCUGUUUUUUCGCAUCGAUAACCAAUAAGUUUAUUUUGAACCACGCUCAUUUGGCUCUUGCAUAGCCGCCUCUCUCUGCCCAAAGUCACCACUCUUGGCCGUGUAAAAAGUGUCCCGCCUAUUGAUUGGUUACACAGACAGCCAAUCACCACUCAUGCCUCUAGGUGCAGCUUCACAGCUAGAUAGAGAGGGCAAAAUAAAACAAAAGAAACAAACCAGCAGGUAACAAGACUGCUAGAGGUGCUCCUCGAUCUCUGUGAAGCUUGUGGAGCUAGCACGUGUAACUUUUGGUUCUUUUCUUAUUUCAAAAUAAAAGCAUGUGUUUCGGAAUAAGGCAAAAAACGGCUGCAUUUACAAGGGGUUUGGUGGAUGAAGGCUAGGCUACAGAAACAAAGAUUUAAAGAAAAAAAAUUGACAUUAAAAUAUAUAUUUGUACUGCAAAUGAAUAUCAGUUCUAAAUAUCUGUUAUCGGUUUUCGUGAUUACUAUUAAUCUGUAUCAGCCCUUAAAAAAACCCGUAUCAGUCGAUCCUUACAUAUUACUCAAAGUAUACAGGUGGUUCCUUCUGCUCAGCAAUACUAUCAAAUGAACCCAACAUGAGAUUUUGAUGAACAGUUUUGUAAAAAUGACCAAACACAGCUGACCCACUUUGCGGUUUUUGAUCGUAGCUCUUAGUUUCAACGUGUGGGGAGUUUGGAAUUUCUGGAAGGUAAAAGAUCCCCAAAACAUUUCAAAGCGCGUGUUUAGAAAGCCAAGAAGAAGAAGAAGAGCGUCAGAGAAAGAGGCGGUCAGAACGCAUUUAUCAAGUCUUGUGUGUCCUUAACUCUGCAUGAACUUGUAUGACCUUAGCAGGAGGACGGAUUAUACUGACAUCCAGAAGGCAGCUACACAGAGAGAAAGCUGCCAGCUUUUUCAUUUUUAAGCGUUGUUAACUUCCAUGUGCGAUUCUCAGAGUGUAGCUAUGCCUAUUUAUAUCCCCUGAUGACAUCUUAAGGUUUCCUGAUCAAUUUUUAGGCUGAUUAGUAGAACAAAAACCCUGUAAAAGACUGUGUAUACAUGCAACGACUUAGACUGAAAGCCCUGCUGUAGGAAUGACAAAGUGACAGCUUUGGCUCCGCUCGUAUCUGCCGAUCCAAUCAUAAUGAAUCCAGAACAGAGCAGAUGGUCAGCUUGUGACUGAAACCUGCCGGACAUACCCUUGCCAACUAUUGACGCACGGCUGCACGUCUCUGCCAGAUGACUCCUGAUACGACUCAAAACAAUGACCAGACACUUGGGCCAACUGUUGCUCCCAAGGGCCGGACAGUACUCUCAUGGGGAAAAUGAUUUCUGCAGUUUUGUGCUCCUGACAUUGUUUCGACUCGAUGACAAAAACUGUAAGGGAACAUAAAAUCGACAGUUUAUUCCCAGAUAGAGGUUUAAGAGUCAUUGAGAUGCUUCACUGACUAGUUACAGGGAGAUUUCCUCCUUUUUCAAAGCCUUUCAUUGCACUGUGUUACUCGUGUUAAUUUAGUAUGAUUUCUCCCAGGAGAGGCAUAGAGCAGCUUUCUGGCAGAAGGCCUAAAAGGGAAGCGCCUCUCAGUACAGCUCCUUAUCUUAUUAUGUAUUUGUAUUUGCUGUACAGAUAUCAUAGAAGAAGUGAAGGGACCCAUGAGAACGUUUUGCCUAAUGGUGAGAGAGUUAAUGCGCAAAAAUCUAAGAUGUGUUUCAUAACUCAUAACUGUUUCCAACUCAUCAUGGCCAAUCCGAGGAGUGCUCGUGUUUGUCUCCAUUAUUUCUGCGAGGAAGUAAGCACUCUGUUCUCUUCUGAGAGGAAGCCAAACAAAUAACAGAGAGGAGUUCACCUCCGAAGGGCCAAGAUCCAAACUUCUCAGCACUUCUCACCCCGCAAGUUGACCGAGCUUACCACUGAGCUUCUUUACUCUUUUUAUACGCCAUGAGAGUGAUCAGAACCUGGCAGCCACGAUUACCAACUGUGUCCCGAUCGCAUCCAAACCACCACAGCGCCCGCAGCCAGCUCUCUGCGCCCGGUGCUUUGAAGCAAGCUUACCUCAGCUAAAUAUAUCCGCACAUUGAAGAGGUUAACAUGAGCUGAGUGUGUCUGCUCUUUUAUGGCAGCUUACCUGUUUCACACUUUUGGUAUGAAUGGAGGCAAAGCAGCUUACCACACAUGAACCUCCCCUUCUAUUCAUGUGGACCCCACUCUACAAUGCUUGUUGCUCACUUGCCUGUGCUAAAAGGUAAUUGAAAUGUGAAACAACAGCCAUGCUUUGGUGCUUCGGUUCGAAAUUAUUUAUAGCAUUGUCAGAGCAAGAGAGGGCUGGGGUUUAGCCCUGAGUGGGUGGCCACUGUGAACACUUCUCUGGCUUUAACAGCUCUGUCCGAGCAGAUAUUCCAUUAUGUGAAAAAAUGACCACUGUUUUAUGAGAAGGCAAGCCAGUGCUGAGUGACCGCAGUGUGGAUGUGACAGUGUUUUGUUUUACAUGUUUAAUGAGGCUGUUUAUGCAGUGGUCUCUUUGCUGUAGCUGGAAGGAUUUGUAGCAGCUUCUCAACAAAACGCAGCCAGUACGUUUUUGCAGUUUUUAUUCGUAAUUCAAACUCAGUUUGUUUUUUAAAUUGUCAUAGUGGUUAUUUGUCCGGAAAUAAACUCAUAUGAAAUGUCAGAAAAUAAGAAAAACGAACCAUCUGUGCUCCUCAAAGUACUCCAUUAACUUUACCACCAACACACCGAAACCUGAAAGAUUUACUGGAUUAUGUUGAAUGUCCGAUCAGGUAGGGCUGCACGAUUAAUCCAUUUUUAAUCAUAAUCAGAUUAUUUGAUUAUAAUGAUGUUACAAAAAUUUAAAUUGUCAAAUCGAUUUUUCUCUCUAUCAUGCCCCAAAAAAAUCCAUAUCGGUCGUAUAAAUCAGGAGAAAGAGGAGACAGAACGGUUUUGACAGCUGUGUUAGAGAACAGCAGAGCAGAACCGACUAUUCCUUGAGCGAGGAGAGAUUUUGGUCAAAGCAACACAAUGGUGUUUUUCUUUUAAAUGGGGUGCAAUUCAGCCUACCCUACAGAGGAGCGUGUUUGGCCUGUGGUGGAGGAAGGCAGGAAGAGAGAUAAGAGUCUGAAGGAGGGGUUCUUUGUUUUCAAUGGGAGGAAAUCAUUACCAGUUCAGUGUCUUAUAUUCAAGAAUUCAGUUUGUAGAGGUCAAUUAGAAAACAAGGGCUGAUAUUUCCUGAUAACCUUUAAAGGGGCUCAUAUUUUGACUGAUAUGAAAGUCAAAUGCUGCUUUUUUCGUCAUGUCUUGUGUUUCCAAACUUUCUCAGGCUAGGGUGAAAUAUAGAUUGUUUAGAUUGGAUCUGAAUUUGAAUGAGGGAGUCAACAGGGAGGGAUCGUAUGCAGAGAUAUAUGUUAAAAGAGACCACUUCCUGUAAGUAUCCUUAUUGUUGUCGUGCUUCAAAACCCUUUCCCUGGGUAUUAAAUCGGUCUUAUUUAAAAACACUCACAUUUUCCAAGAACACCAUGACAAUCAUUAUUGGUGUGGGUGGCCAAUUAUUAUCUAUAAAUACACUGAUCAAAAUAAAUACCCAGGCAGAGUAUACGCUUCAUUUUCACUCCUCUCUCUCACCUCCACAAUUAAUGUCUUUAUCUGCGGCCUCCUGAGUGAAGGAGAAUAAGCCCCUAAACUAAACUUGAACAAAGAGAAAAAGCACAUAUAGCUGCAGAAAUUCCCUCAGUGUCAUCACUUUUUAAAGCCCUCUCUAGUGAAAGAAAAACAAAACAGCGCCUAGCACCCAUGACUACUAUGCAAACAGGAACUUAUAUUUGCUUAGUUUGCAAACUUUUACAUGGCGUCAGUUCUGUAUAACGCUGUAAACAAAUGUAAGAGAAGAAAAUGGGCUUCCAGUCGUAGCACACACAAUUGUAGGUCUUGUUCACGUCUCAAACGGUCUUAGCUCUUUAGCUCAGUUGCUGAUUAUUCCCUUAAAAUGAUGAAACCUUAAUAUAACCUUCUUCAUUUUACCCAGCACUUAUUUUUUUUGACAUAACCAGUAAUCAUAGUGCAUCCAUUAAGUUUUUUUUCGACUCUGAAAGCUGAAACUGUCCUUUUCUAUUUCGUAUAAAGUUAAAAGUUUCAGAGAUGUCAGGCUUACGUGACUUUUAUCCAAAAUUUCUAAUCUUAAUAUGAACUGCUUUAAUGUGGUCAGAGCUCACCAUCUGGAGCUCGUAGCUUGUUCAAAACAAACACUGAGAACUCUGUGGGAAUACUCCUCGUCCAGCUGGGAAAACCCAGUUGUGGGAAGUGAACAAAUAUCACCGUCCCCUCCUUUUUUCGCUGCUUCAGGGCCACACAGGGGCUGCUGUCAGAACUGAGUGGCCAUUAGUGAGCUCUGUUUGUAAAAUAAGGGUUAAAACACGAUACUGGCUGCCCUGCUGUAAAUUAAUGAUCCGAUAAAGUAUGAUGAGGCUGUAAUUUGACUUCCUAACAAGCUCUGGCUCUUGCUCUGAGGCACACUAUGGAAUUGAUGAGUGGAUCUGUGGGGAUCCUCCUCAUGCUCUCGGUUAGAGAUUCUGGGUCAUGCUGCUAUGUAAAUGAAUUUUAAAAAACUGUGUUGAUAUCUCAGCACAGCUGCUACUGAUCGGAGACGGUGCCUUAUUUGUUUUCCUAAUCACUGUUUGUUUAAUGUAUCUUCUGGGAUUCAUGCUGCAGUUUUACUCUGCAUGCUCUUGUGUGCUUUCUCAGCCAUACUCACUGAUGUCCUGGGUUAGUUUAUGGUCUUAGGUCGUCAGUGUGUUUAAUUAAGCUCUAUCCACUGUGUUUGUUUAUGGCCCACAGACAAAGAGACAUUGUUAUUCGCUACACACAUGGGAGCUGAUUCUCCCUUAUCACGUUGAACGUGACAGGUAGUUUAUAUGAUCAUAAAGAUGCUUGUCAGACAUGUAUAAACUAGGGCUGUAAAGUCCUAGUAGACUGGUCAACUUAUUGGUUAAUAUGUGCUGAGUUGACCUCGAUUUUCUUCCGCAUCAAUUUUAGGGGUGGGAAUCUUCAGGCACAUCACGAUUCGAUUACGAUUACGAUUCAGGGGCUACGAUUCGAUUCUGAAACGAUUAUCCCCCCCCAGCUAUUACACAUUUCUUUUUGUCUCACUGUGUAACCAUUCACCACUUUGUGUUUUUAAAAUAUUAAUAAUGAGAAACAAUUAAAUGAAUUAAUUUCCACUAUCUUUUAUUAUACUUGUGGAAAUGUGUAAACAGGAAAAAUACAACUUCAUGUAAAGAACAAAAGGUAGCAGCAUCCUUGGCUUUUACGGACGUAAAUCCUUGGCAAUAAAUGUAGCGAUGGACUUCGUGAUUCGUUUCGCCUUUUCCGAUGAGGGGGGAAGCUUUGUAAUUGCUUGCUCGAUUGUUCUCUGUUUGGUGGAGGCAGCCGUAGCCUCGACAGCAGCCGGGCAUCUUCCCUCCUCGUUCGGGUGAAAACGAGUGAUGUGGCUCCUCAUGUUCGUGGUGUUACCAAAGUAUUUUAUCUUGGAGUGACACAGUUUACAUAUAGUGUGGCUCUUGUCCAGUUCAAGUCCACCCUCAACUCUGUAGAAGCCAAAAUUCUUCCAUACAUUAGCUUUUAAUCCGGAAGGGGCAGGGUGGAUCUCGCGCUCAGCCAUGCUUCUUUGUUAUGUGCUCCCCUUAAAGUGUCCGCCGGGUGACAACGCGCUGCACGAGUUCCGCCUUUUCGUUCCGCCUAUUUCACGUUAUUUAACAUCUAAAUAAUCGGAAUUUGGACGUUUGUGAAUCGAUUCAGAAUCGUCCUUGCCUGAAUCGAGAUGCAUCUAAGAAUCGAUAUUUUCCCCCACCACUAAUCAAUUUACAGUUUAUGGUUGUUGCUACCUGAUCCGUCCCGGAAACCCGAUUUGUACAGCGCAUGUGCGAAACGUAUGUCACUUCCUCUACUAGCCAUCUUUGCGACAGUUCAGCAAUUCUUUGCCGCUCGCGGUUUGCGACAGCUUCGACAUUUGUGCAACAGCUUCAGCAUCAGCGAGCUCGCUAAAGUCAGAAUGGAUGAUUCAGUUUAUCACCAGCCACACGCAUUUCUUUUCACCUGAACGGAGUGCUUCCCCCCGACUGAAGCAGAGCGCCAGAAAGUCAAGAGAAUGGCGCCCAAUUUUACGAUGAAAGGUUUUUUAAUUUUACAUAUUUAUAAAUCUCUUUUUCUCUCAUCCUCUCCUCAGGUCAACAUAAUACCCAUCAUUGCCAAAGCGGAUACAAUCUCCAAGAGUGAACUCCAUAAAUUCAAAAUAAAGAUUAUGAGUGAGCUGGUGAGCAACGGCGUCCAGAUAUAUCAGUUCCCGACAGACGAUGAAACCGUCAGCGAGAUCAACGCCUCCAUGAAUGUGAGUCAUGUUGUCGCUCUCAAUCAAUCCGUCUAUGAUUUUGACCUUUUCUGAUGUUUUCCACCAUGUGUGUUCAGUUUAGAUGGUAUAUACGCUGAAACCUUACCUGCUGGGAUGCAGACAAGAAAAUGCCAGAUGUGUUUGUGAACAUGCGUACUCAGCUUAUUCUUCAGAGUGUUGACUUUUGACCCUCAGACUUUUGUCUUCAAGGUAUCUGUUUGCCUGCUAAGUUGUAACCACAUGUGUUACACAUCUGGAGAUGAAGGCAGCAUAUGUUAACACUGUUUUAUUGCUUUUAGGACUCGCUGAAAAGUAAGGUUGUUUCUUUUUCUAGACACUUUGUGAGCCCACAAAUCUACGGAAGCAUAUUGCAUUCACUUACAAAAAACAGAAGGAAACAGUUUUUUGAGUAUUUUUUUUUCUUUGCUGUUUUUUGGACAAAAUAAAAACAGUCUGAAAAAAAGAAAAAUUAGUCUGAAAAACAAAACAAAAAAAAGGUCUAAAAAAACAGAGAAAUUAGUCUUAAAAAAUGUCAAACAAAAAAACAUUAUGAAAAACAGAAAAAUUAGUCUGAAAAACAAAACAAAACAAAACAAAAAACACUCUGAAAAACAGAAAAUUUAGUCUGGAAAAACAAAGCAAAAAAAAAAAAAAAUAGUCCAAAGAACACAACAGAAAAUAUCACUAAGAAAAUCAGGGGAAAAAAAAAUUCUGCAAAACAGAAAAGAAAAAAAAAAUUAUUCUGAAAAACAGAAAAGAAAAAAAAAUAGUCCGAAGAACAGCAAAGAAAAAAAUUACUCUGAAAAACAGAACUUUUUUUUUUUGGAUGAAUGCAAUACGCUUCCAUACAAAUCUGUGACUGCGUGACCGGAAAAAAACUUUGGUCUUGAUGUAUAUACAAACAUUAAAUCUAUAGUACGGUCUAAUAGAACUAGAUUCCUUUUUUUUUUUUUUUUCACAUUUUCCAUCUUCAAAAUGAACAGCUACGAGAAAAGCUGUAAGUUUUGUGCUCAGGUAGCAAGUGCACAUGCUUAUAACUCAAUGUGAUUAUCACACGGAGCUCAAAACACCCGCCCACAUAUGUAAUAAUUCACAAACAGUCAGUUCUCCCAUGCACUCAUCAUACAGUAUCCCCAUCUAUUCAUAGUCGCUUACAUCAGCGCCCACACUCACCAGCUUCUUCCUCCAAGCUGCAACCAGCCAGCUGGUUUCAACUCUCCGCCUAAUUUUUGAGGUUGCGUAUCGGGGCAUGUUUUUUUCCCCCAUGAUGCCUCACUGUUGAUGCUAACAAGGCGUAGCAGCUCUGAGAGCAAUGAGAAGGUAUACGCGUGUUUAAUCACUUCAACAAAACAGGCGUUUCAGACCAGACUGAGCCACAUGUUCGACUUAAAACGAGAGCUGUGAUGCUGCUCGUAUGUCAGCAUGGUUACACUUCACUCUGGUGUGGUCUGGUUGUGAAAGAUAAGACGGGCAGCAGCCACAGUGAAACCAGAUUUUAUGUGAAACACUUGGUUUAUUCUUCUGGUUUUGUUAUUUGUUUGUGUCUUGUCCAAUUUUUUUUUUUACUAUUCUGUGAAGAAGCUUGACCUAAAAAGUCAUGAAAAAAGUGCUGUGAUGGGACCUGCAGUGACUGUUCCAGCUAUAUCUGGUACGUCCUCUCAAGGUUUUUCACAUUUUAAUCUCUUCUUCCUCACCAGGCUCAUCUGCCGUUCGCAGUCGUUGGGAGCGUCGAAGAGGUCAAAGUAGGGAACAAAACCGUCAGGGCCCGACAGUACCCCUGGGGUGUCGUGCAAGGUGAGAACAAUCGCAAGCGAGUGAGUAACAGCGUUUGUGAGAGUGUGGGGUGUGAGGUGUGAGGUUUGAGUUUCACACACCAACAGUUCAUGAAGGGGUGAGUGUGUGUUUAAAUCCUCUCUGCAGUGUGCCACAGAAAUCAUCUUUGGGCUAAUCCGGAGGUCAAAUAGUGGUUAUCAUUGUGUUUUAUAACAGAUACUGAAUUCACAUAAACAAAGCUUUUUUAGAUUUCCCAUUAAAUUGGUUCUCAAAGUGCAGAAUUUUAAUAACAAAACCGUUUCCUGCCUUUCACUCACAAAGUAAAGAUCUGCAUAUUUCAGCCUGCAACCGACACAACAGAAAAGCCUGGAACAGUAGCUGCCUUAGUCAUUUUUUUUUAUGCUCAAUAGUUAUUUCUUUGUUUUGACGGUGUGUGAGAAGUGGUUUGAGAAGUGUAAGUCCAGAGACUUUUGCAAUCAUUGGUGUGUUUCUUAAAACAUCCGUGCAUGGUGUCUGCGGUGCAGCCUUUAUUAAGCAAUAAUUAUGCGUAGGCGUAGUUCUUAUUGCAUGAAUAUGUCUUCCUGUCUCCAGCCAUAAAGAUAUAGUAGAUUUAAAAAAAUAUAUAUUUAUCUGUGACUUUUGACGUCCAGAUUUCACUCGACAGCUGACAAAACAGUGCAUGUUGGGUAUAGAUUUGAAGGGAGGUUUUCCUGCUUAUUACAGAGUAGCGAGAACAUCCAACAGUUUGCCUGUUUAUUUAUACCCACCCUGUUAACGCAGAGUGCCCACCACAGCUGCAAGUGUGACUUCAUGCAGAGUGACACUGUGAAAUGAAGGGUGAUUGUUUUGGGAAAUUGCCAGUGUGUGUCUGUGCGUGUGUGUUUGUGAUCUGUAGGGUGUUAUCUAUCUUUCUUUUUACUUCCUUUUCUCUGCUUUUGCGUGUGUGGUCUGCCCGCGUGCUGUUGUUUCCCACACUUAUUUUUCUGCGCUGGUGCAUUAGAACCAACAUUUUAAUUUAAUAAUGUCACACAAGCAGUUAUGCUGUGAGAAUAGCUUCCCCCUCUCUCUUACACUCCCUUUUUUCCCCCUGCUUACUGCUCUGUGUCCUGAACCUCUCCUCCUUUUCCUCUCUCCAUUAUCCACUGACCGCCUCAUUCCCCAACCCCCUGUGGACUCUGUAGAUAUAUAUAAAGCCUGCUGUGUGUCUCCUGAGGACAGAUUUUUUGGACUCCCAUAGAUUUACAUGAAGCUGCAGUUCAGACCAGUCACGGAGAGAAUAGUGUCGUCUGCAUAAAGUUAUCCCAGCUUCAUUGUGAGCUCUUUCAUUUGGCAUUAGGAAGUCCUUAGUUUGUCAUUUACAGGUUGUAGUGUUAAAAAAAAGGUACUAUAUGAUCUUUAAAAGUCAUAUUUUAUCAUUGAGAAAGGAUAUCAGCUGUAAAAGUAUAAAAAAAGCUAACACUGCAGCUGUUAACAACUGUCGAUACAUAUUUUGAUCCAUUAGUCUUUGGCUUCCUCAUCGCCUGCAUCUAAUUUCCUCAUCAGCCGUGUUUCUCUCUGCCUGCCUGCCAACAAAAAUGUCCUUCUUGUUUUAACACACUAAUAGGAUAGGAUACAAGCUCACUCUGUUGCUUUUGUUCGGGCCUCCUUGUUAUUGGAUGGCUCACCAUUCAUACGGCACACUUUGUCACAGUAUCUGGACACUGGGGCAGAAGAGGACAGAGGCGUCAGUGUUUUACUCCUCUUGGCCGGCUGAAAGGAAGGCCUUUAGUGUCUGUGGAAACAGUUUGUAGAUGCCAGAUGUCAUAUAGACGGGUUAUGGUAACCUCUUAAAGAGCCAUGGGAAGUUUCCAGGGACUCGAAAGGAAACAGAGGAAAGAUUGUCUACUGACAAAAGGCUAAUUGCAGGGGGUUCAAGUGUGUGUGUGCGAGUGUGUUUGUGUGUGUUUAUCUUCCCUCAGGAUCUUGAUGCUCUGUUAUCUGUGAACUCCAGACAUCUCUGACAUAAAGCAGAUCCCUCAUAUUCCUUCUCUAGAUGUUCUUGUGAUGUUUUUAGGUAUUUUUAAUUUGCACAUUUGUCCUUUUAUAUGUAGAGAUUCUCUGGUAUUUUUUACGUCUCUGUUCUUUUUUAAUUUGAUUUUUGUUUUUCACUCUAUUCCCACGCUGCGGAGCCCUGUGCUUAGAUAUCUGGAGGGCUCAGUGCUGCAGUCAGUCCGAGGAUUGGCCCUCAUUCAGCCCCCCCAGCAGGGGGGCCAGUACAGAGAGACUAUUAGAUGCCAAAUGAACAGCAAUUUUUAAGUAGUUUGGAUACAGCCCCAGAGAACAGCUCAUUCCUGUCUUUAACUCAAAUAUUCCACUAAUGAUGUGCAGUCAGCCUGCAAAUUUAAGUCUAAAGUAACAGUGAGUGAUUUGGACAGCUGCAUCACCACAUUGCUGUGGGCCAGGAAGUGUGAAAGCAGAUGAGGCUUGUUUGUGCAUUUCUUUCUUUCUUUCUUUCUCUCUUUCUUUCUUUCUUUCUCGCGCUAUCUUUUUUAUUUAUUUAUUUAUUUGUUUAUUUAUUAUUUAUUAUUUUACUUAAUUUAAAGGUAUUGACUUAUUUAUUUAUUUAUUUUUAUUUAUUUUAAUUUUAUCAGUUUAUUUAUUAUUAAUUAAUUAAUUUAUUUAGUUGUUUAUUUUUAUUUUAUCUAUCUAUCUAUCUAUCUAUCUGUUUAUUUAUUUUUUUAUUUUAUUUAUUUUUUAUUUUAUUUAUUUAUUUUUUAUUUAAAUUAAUUGAUUUAUUUUUUAUUUUAUUUGUAUUUUAUUUAAAUCUAUCAAUUUUUUUCUAUCUUUUUAUUUGUUUAUUUUUAUUUAAAUUAAUUGAUUUAUUUUUUAUUUAUUUAUUUUUAUCUAUUUUUUUAUUUAAUUUAAUAAUUAAUUUUAAUUUAUAAAUUUUUUUUGUUUAUUUUAUUUCAUUUAUUUAACUUUCCCUCUCAUGUGUCAAAGGCAGGUUCCAUAUAUUAAGGUUGGUGGGGUGUCUCGUUGUUGCGUUUUGUAUGUGAAUUUAUAGUUUGCAAUCACGCUCUGCAGACUGCUCCCCCAGCUUUUUCCAUCUGGGAAGCGAAAUGGCAGGCUAAUUGGGCUUCCAGUGUCAUUACUGCUGCCUUUACAUCCUCUGAGCUCACAGCUUGCGGUGGUAUUUAAACACAACAUACAUCCUCUAUACUCUGGUAAUGUAACCCUGAGGUUCAUGGCAUCUGCUCCAACCACCGAAAGACCAUGAGCCUCUGCUCCGCACGUGCCCUCAGCCACAACACACAGCAGUUUUAAGAUGCUGGAAAAACUCUCGACAGCACUGCCCUUAGGUUUGCCAACAGGUUUAUCACAUUCAUCCCCUGAAAUGGAAAGUUAUUUCUUCUAGAGACACGUACCCGCUUCGUUUUUUCAGAAUUUACCGGCUUAUGUUUCAGGUUAUACACGAGGCCACAACUAAUCUGAGCCUUGCUGAAGGAUUUCAUUACUCUGCAGACAUUUGGCACUUUAGUUGGCUAGAAUUUAACGACGGGAAGAUAUCAUGCAUAUCUAAUCAAAAGCUAUUUUUCCAACUUUCCACAUAGCCUAUAAAGGUACUGUGAGGUUUGCAAAUGGCAGCGAACUUACCGUCUGGAAGGAAAAAGUUGAUUUUCAAAGGGAGGAGUGCAGAAAGUAGAGCAGAAAAGCUGGCUCCAGGGUAUCUACAGGCCCCCAAAAAAGUCUUAAAAGGCAUGGAAUUUAGUUUUCCCAUGAAGAGCCUUUGAAGGUAUUAUUAAGUGUUAGAUUUAAUUAAAGAAAAGGGGUUUCAGUCAACAGUAUCAAAGUAGGACCUGUAGCAAGCUCUGUCAGCACUGUUAGUUACCCCGAGUACACAAGAACAUCACAGUGUGAGAACAGGAAAACAUCCGUUUUUAGGGAAAAUGGAACAGACUGAUUCGUUUCAUUAGUUAAUGUAGCUGCUUUUACUGUUACCGAUCAGAGUCAAGGCUGGAUGCACUAAUUAUGCAUGUCUGUAUUGUGCUGUAUAGAAAUAAAAUCCACUGAAAAGCUGUGGAGAAACUGGACUGAAUAAGGUUGAAGUUAUAUCUGUCUGUAUUUUCAGCCUAUUACUCAACUCACUCUCCGGUCUAUACACUCCCGACUGGAGAUUGUCCCUGACCACUAACUGACCUUUUUUUCUGGCCUCUUAAAGAACAGAAAAAAAUCAACAUUUUCAUCUCCAGCACAGCGGAUAUUGUCGGAAUAGAGCAGAUGAGGUGACCUAUGAGUAAAACGGCUUCAUCAGAAUGGAAAUGACGCCCAGGGCACACUGCCUUUCAGCUGCUGUCAGUCUGUUAGGCAGGAAAUGCUUCCUGCCCUUUCCUCACGAUGAAUCCAUUUAACUGUGAGAGUAACUUUGACAGAAGUUGUGUAAGUCGCUUCAGCUAACUAGCAGAAAAUCUCAAAUUCGCUCUGUUAUUUAGAAAGUAGGAUAGAUUGCAUUUAAUGGGGGAUGAAUGUGAUUUAUUUAGUAUUUUGUGCACGCUCCUUCACAUUCCUAAAGCUGUGGUAUGAUUUCCUGCUCUUGAGAGAGAGACAGAGAGGAAGCGAGUGUAGCAGGGUGACAGAUGGGGCGUUUAAAGAAGUUAGAUGUGGUACAAAUGCCAGGCAGGCAGAGAAUAAAGCAAAAAACAAAGAUCCAGAAUGUCAGACAGGACAUGGCUUCCCUCUUAUCGACUCAAAUCCACGGUGUUUUCAUGUAUUUGAAAUAGCAGAGUGUUCACCUGAACUCCAGCUGCUGUCCUCAUCCCGGGUGUGUGUGUGUUUGUUUUUCCCCUGUAGUGGAAAAUGAGAGUCACUGCGACUUUGUGAAGCUGAGAGAGAUGCUGAUCAGGGUAAACAUGGAGGAUCUGAGAGAGCAGACCCACGCCCGCCACUACGAGCUGUACCGACGCUGUAAGCUGGAAGAAAUGGGCUUCAAGGAUACGGAUCCAGACAGCCAGCCAUUCAGGUACGCAGAGAGAGCGAGUUUAAGGAGAGUCAAAACGUAACCGUCAACAAUCACUUAUGGAUGAUUAUGUGUCGUCUUUGUCGUGUCUUUGUUUUCCUCCAGUCUCCAGGAAACGUACGAGGCCAAACGAAAAGAGUUCUUGGGGGACCUGCAGCGUAAAGAAGAGGAGAUGCGACAGAUGUUUGUGAACAAAGUCAAAGAGACGGAAGCAGAGCUGAAAGAAAAGGAGAGGGAGGUUAGUCCGAAAAUAUGGUCAUAGAUGGAAAAACACUGACCAGCUUGUUUGCCGUCUUUGUCGAUGCACUGGAAAUGCCAUCUUGGUGAGCCUAGGGCUGGGCGAUAUAGCCUCAAAUUGAUAUCACAAUAUAUUGAGCAGUUCACCUCGAUAACGGUAAAUCUAGAUAACAACCCCACAAGCUGCCCACCCCCUCCCACAUUAACUUCGUCUACUUCAGCCGCCGCUACAACUUUUGACCCGUCCUCCAUCUCCUCACCUGUCUUUCCCUCUUUGUUACAGACUGGAUGGGGUGGAGUCAUGUCUCUGACAGCGUCUUAAAGGUACAUGGGACCAUAGCCAACCUACACACAUCAAAAACCGACUUUUAUUUAUUUAUUUAUUUGACACCGAGUAUACUGAUACGGGAAAAAUGACGUCAGUUAUUGUUGUAAAUUUCGUUCUCGGUAAAUUUUUGGUUUAUCGCCCAGCCCUAUAUCUGAAACGCUUUGAUAGUUAGGUAUUGUGAAAAUCUUGCCGUAUAUUAAAUCCCAAAAUGAAAAACACUAAUUUGAUUUUCCCUGACCAGAAACAACUUUUUUUCCAACACUUUUUUAGUCGAAAACAAUAGUUCAAAAAUCUGAAACCAGCAGAUGUUUGAAAAAUUCGUGAAAUAACAACAAUAGAUCUGUCGUGGUUACAGCUCCAAGAUUCUGUUAAAACAUUUCCUUCGCCUGUUUCACAAUUAAGAGAUACUGGAGAAUUUCAAUAGCCGAAUAUACUGACGUGGGCAAAAUGAUGGUUUUUGUUGUAAAAUUUCAGUAUCGGUAAAUUUUUGGUUUAUUGCCCAGCCCUACUACCAGAUAACUACAAUCUAAUGUGAUCUGUGAUGCGAUGUAUUAUGACAAAAAAACGACUAAAAACUUUUAAAGAAAUUGAUAAAUCACAGAUUUAAAGGCUGUUUUCAUGCUCUAAUAUUUCACUCUGUCGUCCUCCGUCCCAUCUGUUCAUCGCUUCUCCUCUCCUCCUCCCCUCAUAGCUGCACGACAAGUUUGAGCAGCUGAAGCGGAUGCACCAGGAGGAGAAGAGGAAGGUGGAGGAGAAGCGGAGAGACCUAGAGGAGGAGAUGAACGCCUUCAACAGGAAGAAGGUGGCGGCAGAGACGCUCUCCUUAUCUCAGCCCCUUAAGAAAGACAAGGACAAGAAAAAGUAAGCCGCUCAUUCUCCUCUCUAUCACUCACUCCACUUCUUCUUUCUAUAGCUGAAAAAACUACAUUUCCAGAGCCUGCUGCUUUCUUAACUAAUCCUGUUGUCUUUUCAUUGGGUGCCUUAAAUCCUGAAUGAUUUCCUUUUUUGGUAAACCAGCCUUUCCUGCGUGUCAUCCCUUUUUCUUUGGACUCUUAAAAAUCUUUUAACCGGAGACUCCGCUCACUUCUGUGGCAAAGUGUCAAAUCAGUGAGCCUGAAACUGAAUGUGUUAGUCCACAAAAUCCACUAUUAUCAGCGCCUGGCACGCGCUGAGGAAACUUACACCCUUUUUUUGUCCUGACCGAGCUUAAUAUUUCCUGUCCUUUCACUCUUUCCUUUUUGCCGCGCUCUAAUUAUUCAGGAUAUUCACAGAGAAGCAUUCGCCAGUACGACUGAACACAGCUUAUAAAUAGGCGAUAGAGACUAGAGCUCAUUCGUUCGGGGUUCAUCCACUCAUAAACCACUCAUAACAACAAGAUGGGCUAUUUAAGUGUCAGGCUCUUCCUUUAUAUUUCUGUAUCUGUUUGAUUUGUUUUGUCCAAACUCUGCGUUUAAUGAGCAGCAAUAGAUUUAAAAAUGAAGUUUAAACCACUUCUUCUGAUAAGACCCGUCCAUACUCUUUAAUCUUGAUCCGUUUCUCCUAGUUUAACCCCGUAUUUCCUCUUAAUCCCAAAUAAACACACUGAGUUAUUUUAAACAAUAUGAAAAGAAGAUGGUGUACGAGAACAGGAACUUUUUCAGGUUCAAACAGCAUAUGCACGACUUAAAUCCGUCUUAACGCAAGUUUAAUCAUGAGUGAGGAUAACCAGAGGGGUUCGAAAUAAUCUAAAACUCAGAAUAAAGCUGUGAGCGACGCCCUGCAGUAACAUGAACUGAUCUGAACCAUAAACUGGUGUCCUCAUACUAGAGGUUUAAAGUCUGUGGAUUCAUUGAAAGUCAAGCGGCUCCCCCUUGUGGCUGCUACCAGAGUCUGCGCUCAGUGCCGCCUGAGGAAACUGAACUUCCAUUUUGUGGUUUUUGUGAAGACAUUUCCACACGUCCUCAGUUUGCUUUUCAUCCACUAACUCACUAAAUCGACUCAUAAUCUUACUAACCACAGAUUUCCCCCGGCUGACGUUUAAAUCCACCAUGUUGACUGUCGUUUUUUAACUCACUAACACAAACGCAUCUUUGAUUGUCUGCUAAACUUUCUCUUUUCUCAUUCAUUAUUUCCAUGCGGUGUUUUUUUUAAAUUCAUUUUGUUUAUUGUUUGUCGUUGUUUUUCAGUUAAUUUAUGGGCGCUGUAAACCCUCCCACACACGACCAUGGAUUUAUCCUCCAUCACCAUAGACCCCCCGACAACACCUGUUUUUUUUUGUUUUCUUUGUUUUGUUUUCGUUGUUUUUGACAUUCCAUCUUGACAUUGUGCACAUGGACCAAAGACACUGAGGAUGAUGAUGAUGAUGAUGAAGCCACAGGGGGAGUGAAGGGUGACAGAUGGUGAGACGACAUAAAAAGGAAACUAAAGAUAAAUCAUUUGCCAACAGUGGCCAUCUCAUUUAUUCAGGAUCUUUUAUUCUAUGUUCUGUUUUUUUUGGACACUUUUUUUAUAUAUAUGCAAUUUUUGCUUUAUUAUGUUGUGAUUGACAGAUUUUUUUGUUGUUCUUUUUGUGUUUUUCCAUCAGUUAUUUACACAAAAACGAGAGGUUAAACCCUAAAGAGCUCCGGGUGACACAGCAGGCGAGUCUUUUAAACAGUUCGACGUACGUUUAGACAUCAAGAGUUUGUUCGAUUACCCAUUUUACAACGCUGAGCAGUUUAAAAGUCGCCUGUCUGUUAACCUUUUUGUCGUUAGAUUUAGUAACUCCUUAUCAAAUGAGCCCAAAAGAUGCAAAUAAAUAGCGUAGUGUCGAGCAAUAAAACUGAGUACCUGUAUAGUGUGUAAACAAGUGCAUAUACAUUGGUACUGACAACCUCAAACUUACUCUUAAGUCUUAAUAAAAACUUAUGCAAUAUUUUGGUGCUGUUUUGUAUUAACUCAGUAAAAUGUAUGUGAAUAUUUUCAAGAGCUUACUCAGCAUAAUAUGCACAAUGUACUUGUUAUUUUCAACAUGAUGUUAUUGUAAAGAAGCACAUAUGGCGGUGAUGUUGUAAACUUUGAUUUAUUGUGAUGUGAGAGUGGGCACAUACACAAACAUGAAGCCAGUACACACUCACACCAGACAUGGAGAGUGUUCAAGCCUCGGCUCGCAGAGAUGAAGAAGAGCAGCAGCAGCUGUAUUUACUGUCAGUCAGUGUGGAAAUAAAUGCAACACCCCCAUACUGACUUUGAUGUGUCUCUCUCUGCAAUGAUCUGUAUGAGGAUAUUUAUCCUGGAAGGAGAUGAAGGUAAAACACAGGCAGGUGAAGACUCUUAUUUUGUCUCAUACACACACACAAAAAGAGACAACUCGCAGAUGCAGCCGGCCUUGAAUGUAACCUAAACAGCUGUCAGCUUGAGAUUCACCGUUUCCUGUUCAGAGCAGAAGAGCUGAGAGAUGUUUGCUCAGUCCGCGGCCUGCUUUCACCACUUUGCUGCUGACCUCAGCUCUGUGUGUGUGUGUGUGCCGCUGAGAUUGGAGGAAAAUAUGUGAAGUUUCAUUGACCUUGAAUGUCUGUGCAGGAUUCGUGAGUAUGCGUUAAAGUGCUGUUGCAGUCAGGCUUCACCUUAUUUCAAAAAACCAGUGACCGCUUUCUCACUACAUCUCUACUUGGACUAUUUUUGCAUGGUGACAGGGUGAUUGUACAACAUUUUAUACAUUUAAAAACACAACCAGGAUUAUUGUGAAGUUUUUAUAUUCUGACAUGGUUUAAAGGGAUAUUCCAGCAUAAAAUUAAGUUAUGGUCAAACACACGUAACAUAGAGUUAGAAACCUCCCUGAGAGAUGAAUGUUGCCGACUGCUUGCUUCUGUAGUUAUACCAACUUUAGUAACGACCACGCAAUAGCAAUACACAGCGGUCUACCACUCCACGUACAAACCUCAACCAAAACGCCACUCUAUAGUCACAAAUAAUGCUCAGAACAGCACCUAACUUCAUCAACAGUACAUAUAGGGUCCUAGCCAGAGUACUAGCCACCAAACAUCUUUUUAACUUUGCCUGAUUUCUUUAGCAAAGAGACCAAACACAACUCACCCACUCUCCUCCAGCAGCCGCUUGUUUUUGGGGGAGUAAUCACUGAGUGCUGCGGAGUUUCCCAGUUCAAGGAAGAGCAUUUAUGAUUUUUACUUCAUGGAAAUGCAAUCAGACAGUGGAGACGUAGGCCGCUGCGUAUUGCUAGAAGAAAUACAGCAAGCGGUCGGCAACAUUAAUAUCUUGAGGGGGUGUCUAACUCGAUGUUACAGUGUGUUUGACCCUAACUUAAUAUUACGCCAGAAUAUCCCUUAAACACGUGUCAAGUCCAGCUUUUUUAGUGUGUACGUAGAAUAUCUUAAGGAAUAAAGAAAAAAUGUUUCUCUUCAGCUCCCUGGUGCAAAAAAUACAAUAGAUGGAAGUGUAUAUAUAAAUAUAUGUACAUGUGUACAUGCAUGAACUAACUUAAUAUGAAACCUAUUUGAAAUUGGACAAAUUAUUUCUGUUGAUAUGUCAGUAUAAAAAACUAAUAUUUAUAUUUUACAUCUUCUAAGAAUGUAUGGAUAUGAUAGCAGUGUAUUUAUCAGAGAUAUGACAUAAAUGGCAGCAUCCCUCUGGAUAUAUGGACAUAUAAAAUUAUAAAAUUGUUAAUUCUUUUAUUAGAUUUGUAUUUUGCCAAAGAGUAGGUUAUUUUAUCUUCUGCUUAUUCACUUCAGUGUUUCCCCUAGAAUAUUUUUCUUAGCAGACAGAAGACAUUUUGACAAUUUGACAUUUUCGCUGUUAGCCCCACUCUCUUGCCGCCCAAGGAGCUACGCUGUUACGUUAACGUUCACGUUACGUUACCUGCGCUACUCGCUAUAUAGACCUUGAACGUUACCUUUCACAUUAAUACGGCAGAGGGUCCGGUAGGAUUUGAUGCGCACGUUGAUGACUCAAAACAAGUCGAAAAUAACAUUGUGUGUGUUGUUGCGCUCACACAGUGCACGUAAAAAUCAUUAGUGGCGCAUUGAUACUAGCGGCGCAGGUAAUGUAGGGGAAACACGGCACUUGAAAUUGGGAGGAAGGCUUACCGCCAGAAAAUGACGGUAAAUACCCGUCACAAUUUCCUUGACUCUUUGUUAUUUCUGUUUGAUUUUAAAAAUCAAUAAGGGUUUUUUUUUUUAGUUUUUUUGAGUUCUUGAAUUGAUUUGUCUUCCUCAUGCCAUUCUCAUUUUUGACUAAUUGAAACAGAGGAAGUCUGCGUCGUGUUGAGAUUUGCUCAUCGUGGUUUUUCUGUGUACUGGGAAGGUUCCAGCAGCACUAUUAUUAUUCUGUCCACCACCUGCAGGGCUCACUGGAUCUGGUCCAGCAGUACAAUCUGUUCAAAGCUCCUUGUUCCCCCCACCGUCCUUCAGUGCACCACCAAAAACUAUACUUCCAUUGUUGAUAUAUGACAAAUUACAAUAUUGUUAACAUCAAAAACUUAACUAAUUAGUUCACAGCUAGACUAGUUAUAUUUGGGCCAAAUCUCACAUUAAGGUAAGUCCAAACUUUUAAUUCAUGGGGCCCAAUCUGGAUAAUGUUCACCCAUAACACUACUAAUUAGUGUUGUUGUUUUUUUUCUUAGUGUGGUAGUUUUGAGGAAAAGGCUGAGUUUUCAAAAUAAUACAGUGACAAAUUCAAAGCGUUGAUAUGCACUCAUACACUCUAAAAAAUUUCCUCUAGAUUUUGUCUCUUAAAAUUACUCCAAUUUAAAUUUUCGGCAGUGUCUGGAUCAUAAAUUCAAGACAUGUUUUUAAACAUGUUUCAGAAUCAAGGAUAUUGUAUGAACUUUUUUUGUCAUAACCUGCUGGUGCGUACAUUACCCAUAAUGCAACAUAAUCCUAAAAGAUUAGUCUCAUGCUGUGUUCAAGUUACCUUGGAAGUCAAACGUUCGAGCUGAAAAUGACGUCGCACCCAAGUUACCAGCGUUUCAUCUCCAUCUCUGAAAGUUAUUUUAGCGCUUACCCUGCCCGAAUAUAAGGCAAGCGCUAAAAUAACUUCUGUAGAUGUAGCCAUUUUGUUUCAGGCCUCCGAUUAUACUUUUUCCAACUCGGUAACUGAAACGCUGGGAACUCGGGUGUGACGGCAUUUUCAGCUCCGACAUCUGACUUCCGAGUUAACUCGAACACAGCAUCAGAUUCCACCUUCCUCUCAUUCACUUUCCCCCACUGUCAUCUGACUGACAUAGUUACAUCCUAAACAUAAAGUUCACGGUUUGAACCCUCAGUUACCAAGCUCAUACUACUAAAACCUGCUUCUUUAUGGUGGAAACCAUCUAAUUUAAAGGAUUGAAUACUGUGCUCAAACUUCACCACAGUCUGAUAAACAUAAUUGGUAAAAUUUGACCAAAUAUGGGUCAGUAUAGCACAGAGAUGACACAGGGUUACCCUGACACCAGCGCCAAUGGGACACUUUGACCCGGCAUGAGUGUCAUGUUGUUCAGAUAUCUCCUUUGCCAUUCCUUUUGUUGCUGUCUAGACUUUCUAGUUACUGUAUCUGAAGGUUGAGAGGAAAACCUUUAGUUGCAAUUUAUUUAUCAACUUGCUGGCCUUGCUGAUUUACACCCAGUGGUUUUUUAAUAAUAAAGGGCUGCUAAAAGUUGCCCACAGAUUAAGUGAUUGUGCAGAUUCGUCCUCUGAUAUGUUUAAAACAACGCCCUCUGCAAAGAGAAACACACUUGGACUUUUAAAGUCAUAGCUUUAUUUCUGUGGUUGACCAGAAGAUAAGAUAUAGCUGCCUCAGUAAAUAAAGGGAUACAAAGAAGAAAGCUCAGUAUCAGGUAUGGGUGUAACAUCCAUCUUAACGGUAUAAAAUGAAGCAGACUUUACAGUACAAAAAAAAAAAGCAGAAACCUGUUCACAUUGAAGAUUUCUAAAUGGUCAACUUCAGCAGCCUUUAAGUUACAGGAUGAGAAUAAAAGUCUGUUUACUGCAUAUAAGCUUCAACUGCUCAGACAGAAUCAGUAUUUUGGCAAUUUACAUCAACAUGAUUAUGAAACUGACUCUAGCAGGUGGGAUUUUCAAAAUAAAAGGCUACAUUUGUCCUAAUUCAUAAAGACUAACAGUCAUAUUACAGUAUUUAGGGUUAGCUGUUGGUGCUUUCAUACUGGAAAUAUAUUAAAAUAAAAAAAGAAGUCCCAAAAAAAGUCAAAUAACAGUUUUUUUGUCAUUCUCUAGUGUUGGACUCAUCUCCCAAAGGUGCCCUUGUUUGUUAUGUAACAACAGUCGUGUGAAGCAUAACUAACAAAGCCUCGAAUGUUAAAAAGAUAAAGAAAAUUAAAGCUUUUUUUUGUAUUAUUGGCUUUUUAAAAUAACUGGUAAUUAAACCACACAAAAUAAAAGUUUAGUACAAGUAAGUGAAGAGAUUAAAAUAAUACAAAAUAAGUUGUGAAAAUAUAUAAUUAUUUGCAUAAAAAAAGCUCGUCUUAAUCUCAAAGUGCUAUGUGGCUCUGUGGAGGAACCUGCGCACCAAGAAACCUCUCAACGGACAAAAUCAGGGUCGACUCUCAAACGUACAAAAAAAGCCCGUCUAUAGGCUACAAACGCACUCGUAAAAAAUACAAACAACCGCCUCACCUUUCACCUGCAACUCGUAGAAAUAAAAAAUAUACGGAGCAGUUUUAGGAACAGGUAGGUUAAAAAAAAUCUAAACAAACAUGGCGUUAAUAAAAGUAAAUGGACCAUUAAUAAUUGUGCAUCAGACUCAUCAGCCAGGUAUUUUCUCCCAAACAUGAAGACGUCUCGGGGUUUUUCUUGCUGAUCUAUUUGCAAAAAAAAAAAAAAAAAACAAGAGCUACAUCUAAAACCAGCUUUUUGAUCAAGGCAGUGAUUUGGGAACCUGCGUCAUAACAGUCUCACUGUGAAAUGGAAGCACUGCACUUUACAAGGUGGGCUGUGCUGAUAAAUGUAGGACUAGUUGACAGCGGGGUGCAGCGGCGGGCACGGUGAGACGUCUUUCUGCUUGGAAUCGAAUGAAACCUUGACGCCGUCUUCCCCCUCCGCUGGAUUUACCUCCUCUUUAUACAAGCACCGAAAACCGUCGUAAUACUCGUCCAGGUCCCCCGGAUCCUGCUUAUGGCGCUGCGUCGGACCCCGGGCUUGCCCCUCAUCCUGGAUUAGGGCGCUGUCGAAGAUGUAGACGGCAUUGGCCGGCAGUGAGAACUCCAGGCUGUGUAGGUACUCGUCCACCAUUUCUUUGCAGUGGAUGAACUCGCUACUGUCGACCUGGGAGAGUAUCAGACAUCAGAUCGGAUUAAUGCGACAUACAUGACACAUUUUCAGACUACGUUUACACGUGCCUGGCUAUUUUCAUAAACGGACAUUUCACCCUCUCCGUUUACACAAAAAAAAAAAAAACUGCGUGCACACCACAUCGUUUUCAGGAAGUUUUCGUUUAAACUAACACGUGUAUCUUUACCAUCAAGAGCAUGCCGAACCUGUAGGUGGCAGUGUAGCGAGAAGCCCAAGCCCACAUUGGUCAAUCAGAUUCCCGCAUAGCAACAACGACGACAACGUCCCUUCCUCCUUUCCUGCGAACAAUCUGCCGUUGGCUACCCAUUCCUGUUUUUCUCCGUUUACAUGCAAAUGUUCAGAGUUUUCCAAAAUCUCCACGUUGGCCAGAGUUUUUAAAAAGCAUAGUUUUCAGGGGCGAAUUUUCUGUUUGCGUCUAAACGAAGGGUGCAAACGACGGUUAAUGUAAAUGGGGCCUUAAGCUUCAACCCAAGGAUAUGAAAGUCAGCAUUGUAACAUAAUGACAGUCGCAAUUUUCAAAGCUGUCCUAGAGCCUCAAUCGAGUCAAGGUAGUUUAUUUGCAAAAUGCUAAAAAGACAAACCUGAUCUCAGAGAGAAAUUCAGCUUUUAAACAACCUCUGUAUUAGGGCUGGCUCAAUAUGAUGUAUUGAGCAGUUCACCUCGACAACAAUAAAUGGACGAUACCUACUCUACAAGCUGCUCAGCCCCUCCCACAUUAACUUAGUCCACUUCAACCGCCGCUCCAACUUUUGAACCGUCCUCCAUCUUCUCACCUGUCUUUCCCUCUUUGUUACGUCUUUAACGAAAAUGAGACCAUAGCCUACCUACACACAUCCAAAAACAACUUUUAUUCAUUAUUUUGACACCAAAUAUACCAAUAUGGGCAAAAUGACGUUGGUUAUUGCCAUAAAUUUCUGUAUCAGUAUAUUUUUGGUUUAUCGCCCAGUCCUACUCUGUAUUUUGGAUCUUAACUUGAAGUUCUGGGAGUAGAGGAUGUAAAACAGAUUGGAAUGGCAGCAAGGGUGAAUCUUCAACAGUAUACAAAAUGCGAACUUUUACCUUAAAUGUAGACGACUUGUGACAAUUACAUUGCAAUCAUUUCAAAUCAUUUCACAGAUAUCAAGCUGAGUCCACCUCUUGGAGAAUAUCCAAAACCCUUUUAAUCAUUUAGUCCUUUGAAUGUGUGAGACUAGUCCUUUGAGUGUGGCCCAGAUUUGAGGUAAUUUCCCUUUUAAGCUGCAUUUCUUUUUGGCUAGAUUAUCAAAACAUACAACACAUGAUCUCAAUGUUGGAUCUGAAGCCAGCGAAUGAUUCAACGGCGGCUUUGUUGCCAUUUUUCGGCAGUGAGGAGCAGCAUUUGUUUGCCAAAGUGUGCCUUUCAAUGCCGUGCCUUAAUCCAAAUUGUCCUCAAAUUCGAGACAAGAAGCCAAAUCAGUAGGUGAUACCGUAAAUCUGUCAUGCUAGCUCUGAUUUGAGAGCCUGUGCAUUUCUCUUACUUGUGCUUUCUUCAGCAGAUCGGUGAGGACAGAGAACCAGUCAGGUGUUAGCGCCUCCAGUUCCAAAGUGAUGAUGGCCAAAGCCAACGUGGAGCCCUUGAACUGCCAAAGUUGGUGGCAAGCCAUACAAUGCUGCACCUGCCUGGUCCACAGCGCUGCCUGGAAGCCGGGCGGCACCUUCUGAUGCCUCAGCCUGGCGGGGAGCAAAGCGGGGUCUGUUGUCGAGUCCCGACUGAUGCUGGAGCAGAACCCGAUGGAUGGUACGAGGUGAGGGUGGCCGGAGAUGAGAAGGGCGUGGAACUGGACCAGAGAUGAGACGAGAAAGAAGAGGAACAAGACCAAAUGUUAGCAUAAUGAUGUCAUUUUUCCUCAUUAGCCAUCCCUCCAUUAACCCGUUUACCUCGACUACCUUUUUUUUUUUCAACAACACAUAGGCCAGUCCAUUUCUAACUUUUCAACCUAACCUCCAUUAUAAUGCACAAGGUGACGAUUUAGUCACUUUACAGUCUGAGUUUCUGCUCCGCCGUGGUUUUCUUGUUUGCAUUAAAAGGCCGCUGCUGAAUUCCACGCUCGCAGCUCUGUGCAGACGGACACUUUGAGCGGCAGGCGGAGGAUCUCACCACCAGGUUUUAUCAAUGAAGACCCGACCAUUUGCCUGAGGAAUUAUAGUAAUCUUGUUCGUAUUGUAUGGUACGUGCAGUGCUUUUCUGUGUUCCUGUUUACUGUUAAUCACAACCUGAGCGAGGAUUGAUGUUAAAAAAGGACUUUUAGUUUGUUUGUUUUGUUUUUUUAACUUGUGUCACACAGACAAGUGACAGACUAGCUAAGUAGCUAAUCUGUCACUUGCCUAGGCUAGCUACUAAUGCCGCAUUUGAGUUACCUCGGAAGUCAGAAGUCCGAGCUUAAAAUAACGUCACAUUCGAGUUACCAAGUCAGAAAAAAGCAAAAUCGGAGGCCUGAAACAAGAUGGCUACAUCUACGAAAGUUACUUUAGCACUUGCCUUAUAUUCAGACAAGGCAAGCGCUAAAAUAACUUUUGUAGAUGUAGUUGUUUCCUCCUCCAAUUUUGCUUUUUUCUGACUUGGUAACUGAAACGCUGGUGACUCGGGUGUGACGUCAUUUUCAGCUCCGACAUCUGACUUCCGAGGUAACUCGAACGCAGCAUAAGCUAGCCCGACACUUGUCUGUGUGGAACCAUGGCUCGUACUUCUAAAUAUCGUAACUUUUGUCAUGUUUGUUACACCCAAACUCCUUUUUGUAUUUUUUUUAUAUAUAAUUUGCUUUCUUUUGUCUUCAUCGCUGUAGCAAAAAUAAGCCAUUCAUUAUUUGAAGGAAAGUAGAUAAUGUGUUGAAAAAGAGAAAUCCCUGAAAUAGCUAAAACCUUUCCCGAGUCUCCCCCAUCAUCGCGUUCAUUUUCAUCCUUGACUCCAUUUGGGAAUCCAGGGUAAUGUAGCAAACAAACAAAAGGACGUUUCAAAAUUAUGAUUCAACCGUGCUGACAGUGACGGUCAAAGAUUGGAGCAUCACAUCACCAAUUCCACCAUUCAAGAGUUUUUACUCACGUGUCGAGACUUACUGUCAGGUAAAGACGAGGCAUAUAUGUAAUAUAUGUUCUAUUUAAAAAUAUCAUAGUGUCAUGGUGUAGAGUCUGUGACAUUAUAAUCAGAUUAUAUUGGUUGCUGUUUUCUAGACAAUGGUGAACAAACUCUUCAGGAAUGGAAAUCCAGAGGAUUUUUUUUAGGGCUGGGGGAAUGUAUUGUGAGAUAACUUAAAAGAAUAGCUAGAAAGUAUUUAUUUGAAUAGUAUAAAAAAGAGAAAAGUCUUUAUUUUAUUAUAGUUUUUAUUAACACACUAUGACUCUUUAUUUUAAAAGUCUUGGAUUUUUGUAACACGACUACAACUAAUUCACACACUGUAAACACAAACGCACUAACGCCAGUCAGAUCCACUUGCCAUAGCAGUGGGGGAAACUGCCACUUUUGAUUUUUGCAGACGACACUCGAAUCAGUCCAAAAUGUGCCAAGCAGUUUUGAUUUUGUGACAGUUUAUGGAUUGUGGCUUCAGUACUUUCAAUAUCACAUAUAAUCAAACGCUGGUAUUAAUUUGUUGAGGGAAUGUAAGCUGUCCUUUUAGUCCGUGAUGUGAUUAGGGACUCACAGAAUGCAUGACAAGACUUCACUAUUAAAAAAACACUGAUGAGUUUAUUUUACAGGAUGCACAUGAGGGUUUUGGUAUCCCCAAAUACUGAAUAAGUGGUCUCAGUGGAAGUCCUUGUGAUAGUAUGGAUCAAUAUAAUGUGUCAGCUGUCUAUUAAGAAAACUAAGGGCUGUAUUCAUAAAGGCUCCACCUGCUGGCCCGUGUCCUGAUUUGCCUCUUAUCUCACAGAUUCAGAUUUUUUAAGCACUUUUUGUGGCAUUACAGGAAAACGGGUGAACAGCUAUCCCUUCAUUAUCACUCCUGAAUGCUUUCACAUUAUGCAUUAAAGCUCCUGUGAGUUACUUUCUGUUUGUCUCAACGUUGGCGCCCCCUGUGGACAAAUAUGACAUAGCAGGAGGACGGGCAAAUUUGACAUACAAAUCUAUUUUUCAGUGUCUUUACAUGCACAGUUUAAUCAGACUAAGCUCAUAAUUCUCUUUUUUGUUGAAUCUCUCCUUGUCUGCAUAUACGUGCAGCUACGGAAAUCGAAUUAUUUGAGCAAGUAGAUUGAGCAUCGUACAGCGUUGUCUUUGUCAUACAUGAUGUACGCGCUACUUUUUCUGCAGAUGAGGUGCACGCCACUCCUCUUCUCUGGGGUCUUUGUUCCGGCUUUACAGGGACGUGGCGCAUGCACAAAUGCGCUGUCCUGUCAUACUCCGACUACGCUGGUUACAUGGUAGAGAAAAUCGAAUUCCAAUCGCAUUAUCUGGGUGUCCUAAUCAGAGUUCUCCGACUACAACUGGAGCUCUCAAACUCUAAAUAUAGUCAGACUAAGGUGUUUACAUGCACUUCAGUUUUCCGGUCUUAAUCAAAGUAAGGCAAUAAUUCGGUUUUCUCGAGUGUCAUGUAAACGUACUGACCUAUGAGUAAUUGAUGCAGAAAUGGUAAAAAUAGAGCUGUUUCUCCAGCUGCUUGGCUAACACCUACCUACUCACGACAUUUUCAGGCAUUAAAAAUAACUUUAUACGAAUUUCUGAUCCUCUUGUUUGCUUUUGGAUAUCAUAAAAAUGCAUCAACGUGAAUUUCCGUCUAUUUAAUAAACAUUACAAAAUUCCUCCAAGGAGCUUUAAGUGCUAUAUGCUAGCUAGCUACCUGCUAACCAGUUCUUUUUGAGGCCCAGUCAUGUCCAUCCAAAUUAUUUCCUUGUUGAUAUACUUUAUCGCCAAGAGCUUUAUGAGUACAGCCCUUGUCCCAACAGCAUGAGGGACCUGAUGUGUUGAUGAUGUUUCGUAUGUGUGCGUGUUUGUUGACAGUUCACUGAGUGGUUAAGGCUUUAGGCAAUGAUUUGUGAGGGUUUAACAAUGAACCACUGCAAAUAGGUUCGACCUUUGAAACGAUAUUGUGCCAUAAACUAAGAAACACAGCAAACGACAAUAGAAAAAAAAACAGCUGCAACAAUUCACAGCAUGACACAGAUACGCCAACAACCCCAAAUUGUUAAGGUUUCUGGAGGGUUCGAGUGUGAAGUGAAGAGCAGCAGGUUAGAGUUAGUCAGAAGUGCCUUGGCUUGAUAUGCAACAUGUCCGUUAUUUUGUUGGCAGCUUGCAAAUUCAGUCUCACACUGUCUGAGAGAUUGCUAAGCACCAUUCAGACCUCUUGCUGGUAUAUACUUUGAUUUCUUUUUGUCCAAAUAUGCACAAUUCUAGUUGAAAGUUUGUCCAAAUUAAGGUAUACAUGCCAAUUCCGCACUGAUGACUGAAACCAAUUGAAACAGACCAUCAUUUAGCAUUUAAAAGCAGUGCCAAAGCAGUUAUUUUCAGGUUAGCAUGAUGAGAUAAAUUGAAAACCCAACUGAACCUAAUCGGAGAAUUUGAUUUGUUGUUUUUUUUUGUUUACUUUUGGAGUAGUGGCAAGAUUUCACUGUUCCUGCUUUGCAACAGGGAUUAUUUUUAAAGGAGAGAGGACACACUGUAAGCCGGAAUAAAUGGAGAAAAUAAAAACAGAAAGGGCACAAUGAGUCAAAUUUGAUAGAUGCACAAUUUCUACCAGGACCAAGUCUUUACUGUGGGGCAAGAGGGUUGUAAAGGUUUAUCUUCAGGCAAACUUGAUGCAAGCAUGAUAGUUUUUAUGUGUGCUUUUGUACUGCUGUGUCUUUAGGCAAGACCAGGACCUGAAUACACAGAGCAUGUCCAAGUCAAACCUGUUUACUUUGAGAUGCUCUGUAGACUGGUUUAGGUCCAGUAAAAACUAAAAAAAAGAUGAAAAAAAAAAGAAAUGUCAUGUUUGCUAUCUGCUAAACUCUGACUUACUAUGUGAAUGAAGUCGACUGGUGUUGCAGUGUACAAGUCCCAGUGCAGCUUGUCUAGAAUGAUCCUUUCCAUGCGAAGAAUCUCCGCUGUUGAAAAGUUGCAUCCGCUCUGCACAACCAGGUCUUUAACAGAGCCUAUUACCUGUUUGAACAGACACGAACAAAGAAAAGCAAAUAAACAUAUUGUUUUGAAAUAGCACUGAUUUGUUUGUUUUU